ACAGAAAGAGCUAAGCUAGAAGAGCUACUCAUCAAGGCAAACAGCAGCGCUGCGAAAACGACUUUUACCCAUCCGCAUCCAACAUCAACGACGUUAAAACCUGUCGGAUUUCUCACAUAAAUGUUCCUAUGGAUUACUAAUACACUUUCGUCGAAGAACAGGAGUGUUUCUCAACUUGACAGCAUAGGUAAGCCUGCUUUUGUUCGGUAGAGCCGUCGCUAUUUUGAACAUUUUUACUAGCUUGCUUCCCUGCUGCUACCAAGGCAACCUUGACGUUAGCUAACUUGUUAACUAGAUUUGCGAUAUGUUCGAGGGGUGUUUUAGGAAAUGAAUGAAUGAAUCGGGCUGCAAAAAGUCAAUUCGGUGUGGGAGUGGGGCUUAAGUCGGAAAAUGAACUCGAUGAGUGCAGCGAGGGGCUGUGUUACUCCGGGCUUGGAUAGUUCCAGACAGGCACCGGAGGAGGAGUGCUGUUCAGCGGAGGAAUCCUCGGGAGGUUGUCGUCGAGCUUUGCCUGUCAUUAUGCUCCGAUUUAAAAGUGAAUUUUCACGAAAUAACCGGCGACUACUGCGUUUAAUGUAUUGUGUGGACACGUAUGACCACUGAAUUCAAGUACAUGUAGGAAUGACACGGCUGCAUGAUGAGACAGCGACUACAGACAGUCAUUUAACAGGUUAACUGCACUCUUAGACUUUCUUACAAUAACAUGUUGUUUCCAUUUCACCCCUAAUGCAGUUAUUUUUCUCAUUGUUGAUUGGUUUUUGCUGAUCAUUUAAUUAUUUUUCCCGUCUGCCUGUGCUCCAGUAUCUUCUGUACGGUGGCCCUGGAGGGUGAAUGCACAAACAUUUCAUGAGCUCUAAAACAUUUUACUGAAUGCAAACAACAGUCAACAGAACAAAGAAAUAGUUCAUGAAACUUAAAAAACAGUGAGCAAAAAUGUUAUACUGAUGUCUUUAAAUGUUAAUUGUAACAUAAGUGUUUCCUAAAAAUCCUUAAAACAAUUCAUAAAUGCUAAAAUAUCUGAAAUGAGUGCACAAACAUUUUAUGAGCACUAAAACAUUUUACUGAAUGCAAACAACAGUCAACAGAACAAAGAAAUAGUUCAGUAAAUUUUUAGAAAUGAGCAAAAAUAUUAUACUUAUUUCUUUGAAUGUGUCCUAAAAUUCUUAAAACAAUUUACAAAUGUUAAAAUAUCUUAAUUAAAUAAAAAAAGAUUUUUAAAAACACAGUAAUUUAAUCUCAAAAAAGGUAUUACAUUUAAGAGAAGAGAACAAAAUGCCAGAAGAAGUAGUCAUGACUUGUGAAAGUAUUUGAUUUUAUUUAAUUUGAUGCAUUUGUAUUUUAAUGUAUUUGAUGUGCAUUUAAUGCAAAUCCUGGAAUGUAAAAAUAUUUCACAAGAUUGGAAAAUAUUUCACAAGAUGAAUGCAAAAAUAUCACAAAUUACAAAAGUAUUUAAUACAGUGAUUUUGAAAAACUAAUUUAAUAGUUUUAUCUGCAAGAAAGUUGUUGCUUAUAAUGAAUUUUUUCCCCCCAAUUUUUUAGAUUAUUAUUAUUAUUUGUCCAAUUUUAUAUUACCUUUUAGGAAAAACCUUUCGCUUCAAUUAUUAUUAUUUUUUGUAUGUGUAAAUACAUAUUUUUACAUUUUAAUCUUUAUGUCUCGGGACACAUUUAUGCUAUUGAGUAAAUGUUUCUAUGUAUACUGAAUUAGUUUUAAGCUCCUUUAAAAUAUUUUGCAUUUUUUAAAUUGGUUUUUAGGAGUCAUUAAUUACUUUCUUUCUGAGUGGAUAAUUAUUUUUGAUUUUUUUCAUGAAAUAUUAGAGUCAUGAAAUGUUUUUACAGUUCACCGUCAGGGCCACCGUACAUCAGCCUCUCUGUAUUGACUUGUCUCGUGUUGGUUGUGACAGAUAAGCUUCUUUAAUCAAAAUAACUGGUCAGUUUGAUCAGUUAUGGCUAAGUUGCCGUGCAGGGUGGACUAUUUCCCCUCUGUCAUUGAAAGGAUAUUCUGUAUGUUAUUCCUAAAGCUGUGUUGGCGUGACCAGUUUCUCCCUUAAAUCCUCACCGGACAUGUUUAAAAGGUCUGUGCGCUUUACUGAGACCCGGUGCCAGGCUCUUUGGAGGGGAGAAAACACAGUUAAGUCUCGGGUUGUGUGUGUGCAUUAUUGUCGCUGGUGGUCAACAAUCACUCACUUGCAGAGAAACCGUCUGGGGCGGAUGACAUUGUAUCCCCCCGCGAUCAUUCACGAUCUAACAAACGAGGGCUGCGACCUUGGCUCAUGUUGGAACAAUCAAAAAUGUUGUCGUUGUUGUCUGUUGACGCGAUGUUGCUGCGUUACAAGUCUUCCUCGAGCUUGACCUUGUUGCGAACCGUUUUCGUCGACUUGUUUCUUUGUGAGGAGCUGUGAACAGUCAGCGAAAAACAGAGAGAGAACGAGGGAGAGAGGGGGAACAUUUUGUGAGGAGAGAAAGUGACUUUAAGCGGAGCUGCAUGGCUGACUCUCACUUUGUUCGGCUGUUAUUACGCACACGGCUUUAACAUGACAUCCCCAUGAAGGUCCUGUUUAGCUGCCGUGUUAUUAUCGCUCUGUUUUUGCUGUCGAGUGCACUCUCUGCAGACGAGGUGGGAAGCGAAAAUGAACUGUGUCGGACUGUUUUUCUCUUUUGGAACAAAGAGGGUGUCUUCGAGAGGAAUCGGUGAAUAUUAUCAGGUGAUUUGCGACUACAGUGCCAGCCCUUUUGCAAAUGUUUGUGCGCUCAAGUGUUCUCCUUUUUCUUAACCGACUGUCAGCUAGUUACAGAAAUGGCGUCAUCCUCUGCUGUAGCGUCGGUGCAGACAGGAGGAACAGCACGCUGCUGCUGCUGCUGCUGUACUCAGAGAGCCGAGCACCAUGCGCCCCUUUACUGUAUCUCUAACCUCUUAAUCAUCCAUGCAUUUGUGCAGACCCCCCCUCUCUUUGUCCGGGGACUAGUUUAGCUCACCCCCUUUUGCAGCCUUAAAGCAGAUCUGCCUCCCCCUGCUCGCUGACUCUCUACAGUAACACAGGGGCAUUACAUAAACGGCUUUAAGGGGCUCUGCGAAUGAGAGUGAUCAGCCUGCCACGGUUUUACUUUGCAACACAGAUAUUUUUGGGAAUGUGAGCAGCACACGAACCAUUAGGCUCUAUUGCAUUAGUUGGGAUUAUUCAAGCAAAUUAACCUCCUCUUAAAUCAAUUACACCCUUCUAACCAGAGUCCACAGACUGAGGUAACGUGAGCAGACUGUGUUGUUUCCCCUGUCCUGUCAAUGUAAAGCGUGCACAAAACGCCCAGCUCUUUCAUUGUGUAUCCAGAACAAGUGAUGUCAUCAUAACAGACUGAAGUUGGCACUGUCUGCGCCGCCUAACAGCCUCUCUAACCUCUCUGUUUUUCAGCCUCGGUUUCUUCACACUGGUCACCUAGAGGACUCAUAGAGAGAUGAAGGUAUGUCCAUUCAAUUUUUUUUUCUACUCAUGCAUGUGAUUAAUGCCUCAGGGAAACUCCUUUACAUCAUUACUACAUUCUUAAUUCCAUGUGAGCCGGGACAUCGUGUUGAUUGAAACAGAAUUUGACGGUCAGAAAAUCAUCUAGUUUCUGAUCUGAACAUUUUAAUGAAAGUAUGUGCUCAUUUUAGGAUGUAUAGUCGGAGUAUGAUGCAUCACCUCCUCUCUUGACAAAGCUGUAAAUGUCUCGAGAAGAGGAGGGGGACCAGUUUGUGGAGUUUUGAAAGUGUUAUAAUGUCUCAUUCUUGCUUGAUAGGAUUUCAGCUGCUCGACAGUCGGGGAUCUCUUUUGCUGCAUUUUAUGUGUUAUGAUGCACCAUGUGUUUCCACUAGAGACAAUUUGGUACUCCAGGCAUGCCAAUUUAGCAUCUGAACUCUCCUACUACAGAGCCAUGCUGUUGUUAUAUGUGCAAAAGGUACUUCUGCAUCUUAGUGCUGAAUUAUGCAAAGUCUGUAUGUCUGGAUGGCACCAUGUGUUGCUCCAAUUAAUAGAGCCCUCUGAAGGUGGACGUUACCUAUACAGUGGACAUUUCUACAUCCACAAACCAUCAGAAAUGCUUGGUUUUAAACUGUAUGCAGAUAACAACCCUGGCGGUUGCUCUCUGCUUAGGAGUGUAAGAGUCCAUGAUUUCCAAAACGAAUGUGAAGUUCUGAUCAGUCAGACCACAGGACAGGGACUUGAGCUCAAAGAGGUUACUGGUCUUUUUGAUCAUAUGGUUCGUACAUGGUGUCCACACCAGUGGGCUGUGGACAUGAUUUUGAGUUCAUGCAGUGAUUUCCACUACAGAGUCGUGUCUGUUUUAAUGCAGUGCAGCCUGAAGAUCACAGCCAUCCAGCAUUGUUUAUUUUUGGCCUUGCCCCAUUUGUGCAGAGAUUUCUGUGGAUUAUAAUAAUAAUAAAUUUUUAUAUAACACACUUUUACAGGUGCUCAAAGACACUUUACAAAGAAAAAAAGCAAAUUAAAAUACAGAUAAUUUUGAGAAACAAAACCAACAAUGAAAAAGGUAAAAAAAAGACACAAUAACAGAACAGUUCACAGGUUAAAAGCCAAUUCAAAAAGGUGUGUUUUUAGGAGUGAUCUAAAAGUAUGGGGGUCUCAGAUGGGUCUGGGGAGUGAACUCCAGAAAGUGGAGACGGCAGCGAAGAAGGCUUAUCUAAAAGUUUUAAUAACAUGCUACAUACAUUACUCUUGAAUUCUUAGCUUUACUUCUGAGAGACUCGGCUACUCUAGAGUGUUCUUUUCAUCCUCCAGACUUGUUACUAAUCUGUUGGAAAUGAAUUAAAGUGGCUGAGAGAUGUUCCCACAACUUUUCCAGUGUUGUUGGCAUCAGGUGUGAAAUAAGCAUUUUUAGAAAACAUGAUUUGCAAACCCAUCAAAUCCAGCUCGAUCAACAUUUCACACAUUAGCGUCCCAUCUCUUAUGGAAUAGAGGUUGUCCUUUUGCAUUUCUCAUUCCUUUUUAAUUCCUGCAUAAACCCGUCUUAAACCAUGCAAAUCGGCCCUAAAAUGUUAACUGUAAUAUCAAUGUUUAUAUGCAUGGCCUCCCCCCUUUUGUUCCCAUGAAUAAGGCGAGUGUGAACUUUUCCUAAAUGUCAGUUUGGUCCUGUUCAAACACACCGAGACGAGCCGCCUGGACGUAAGCCAAAGUAAUACAUUUAUUUGAUAAGCAUGAUAAUGAGUUUCCAAAAGCUGCAGCUGCAUUUGCAAACACAAAUCGUGCACUGUUACUCUGAUGUUAUGCUUUGUUGGGUUAUAUUAUUGAAUUACACACAUAGAAGGAGCCUCAGUGUGUUUGCUGAGUGAUGGAUUUCAUUUUAAAAAGUGCUCUCAUAGUAAGAAGAUAACCUAAAUCCACGCUACAUGUGCGCCGCACGAUGAUACAUGGAAAACAGAAUAAAUGAGCUGUGAAAUUUACUAAAUAUUCAAAGCGAUGGUGUUGUUGUUGUUGUUUUCUCUGGCCUGGUGCAAUUUGUAAAAUUCACAGCUGUCAGUGUUUGAGGAAGAGGCUCUGAGGACUGCUUUGUAAUCUUUCUUAUAGAUCAUUUUUUCAGCUGUUGCGUCUUAACUUGUCAUUUAGACACAAAGCUGUGGAGGUGGUUCACUUUCAUUAAAUAAAUAUGACAGAUUUUGGUAUUUAGCGCUUUUUUAAUGUAUGACGUGACAGGAUGGUGGGAUAAGCGAGUAUGAGAUGUGGUCACUUUGAGACUGUGGAAAUUAGAAGCUGCUUUAGUCAUGAUUUGUUGUCUGUCACUUUGGUAUUAAUGAUGUUCUGCUUGUUGUGGUUAAUCAAACUAGCCCACUACCCACUAAUAGACAUGUCAGCAGUGUCAGGGAGUAUUUUAUUUAAAUGCAGUUGGAGGCGUCAGGACAUUGGAGCAUAGUGAGGGUAGUAGUUAAGAUGAAUAUUUAGGAUUGGUGUUUUUUGGUCAAGUGAAGCUGAUGGACAAACUGUACGUAAACACAGAGCUUUCCAUUGUGGAAACACUUCACCAGCUGCAGCCCUGAUGUGAUGUGUGUGAGCAGGAGAGACCAAGCUUGAGAGGAGACGAUAGUGUUUGUUCAAAAUUUGCAAAGUGACAGAAAGAGACGAGACAAAGGGUUGUAUCUAACUUCUCCAAAAAAGGGGGUCGUGGUCACUUUGAGCUGCUGCAGGAAACAGCAGUAACAGCAACAUGAUGGCUGCACAGGAAGACGUUUCAGUAGUGAUGUCAUGUGACCUACAUGUGGAUACCAAUAGAAGAGUUAACGGUAGCUUUUUUCUGCUGAGCUAUCAGGGUUUCAGCUAUUCAGAAAAAAUCAGACAGAAGCUCAAGGCAGACAUAGAUGUGCACAAAAGCACCAAGUAGCAGCAACAAACUUUGGCUCAACUUCAAAUAAAUGAAUUUGAUUAUUUUGACUGUUAACUUUCCUCACACCAGUGCAGUCGUCUCCUUCGUACGGUCUUUCCUGAGCUUGAAGUGUGUUCAUGUUUUGAAAACUGAUGGUGAUGUGUUGUCCUGCAGUUUUCUUGAGUGAACUCAGCGUCCUGAAAACAUUCAGGUCCUGUCGUUUUCUCUGUUUUUUGUAUUUGGAUGAAGGUCUGACAUGUGCUUGUAUGAAAAAGUGUAGAAACGACCCACUUAAAAGGCUUAUAUUCUGAACAAUAUGGUUAUUACCUACUGCUGAUGAUAUUAUUACAUGACCUGCAGGACAGCUGCAAAUAAAACUGAAAAAAACUCCAACUCCUCACACAUAUUUCCAUAUCUAUCCUGGGGUAUUAUGUUCACUAUCGACUCUAUCAUGUUGACAAAAUUCACAUGGAAGUCUGCCAUGUUUACUAGCUGCACUCUCAAGCUGGAUAAAGUGUUAAGGAACAUUAACUUGUCACCUCAAUGCUGUUAAAUAGUUGCAAUAAGCACAUAUGAGAACCUCAAAUAAUUACUACGACUCGCAUGUUUUAAUUACCUCAUCAUAUUAUUAAAGAUUACACAGUUAUGUAGCUCAUCAACACCCUAUUAGUAGACUAGCUAGAAAGCGUGCAUGCUCUCUCUCUUUGUGCGAACAUGCUGCAAGAGACAAAGUGCACAACAACAUAGGGAUGCAGCGUAUUGGAUUUGUAUUGAUAAAAUAAUGCUGGUAUUUUCAAACUUAUUAUUAACACCUAUUUUUUAUUGUAAAAAAACACCAAGUUUCUCUUGUUAUAGAGUUUAUUUACCUGAAACGUGUCCUGACAGUCCUUUUUGUUCUAAAACAGACACAAAACAAGACAAAAAAACAUGAUUCUCAUACAAAUUUAUGACUUUUAGUUUAUUCAGUGAUGUGUCUGCUGUCUGAUAAUGAGGCUGUCUCUUGUUACAGACUUUUUAUUCAUCUUUUAUGGCUGAUUCUGACUUUAGAGAGCUUUAUUGUCCCCAAAAGGAAAUUAGAUUUGCAGUUUUUGGUACAAAAACAGUUAAAAAGACUCAAUAGACACAAACAUGGGGGCAUCACAGUGGCAAAGAACCAACAGCUGAUUAAAAGCGACCUUGAUCAUUAUAAUCAAUGUUUGUUAGUACGGUUUAAUACUCUGAAAAGUCUUUGUUUAAUUCAGGUCUUCUCUGAUGAGGGUUUUUGUUUCACUUUAAAUCACACAGUAAUUCAGUGUCUUGUCAUAUCAUGCAGAGUAGUAUUAGACUGCUCAUUCAUAGUAUUCCUAAGUAGUAUCAGUGUCAAUACUAUUAUCAAUAAAACCCUAAUGAUAGCCGUUGUAUUGUUCCUGUGAUUAUGACCCUCCUCAGCUCGACUCUCUUUGUGCUGCAGACCUGUUUCUGCCGCCUGCAUUCAUACUCCCCCCGCCUGUAACGCCGACUUGAACUGCAUGGUGAUUUGUGGUUAUAUAAUGGAUUGGUUGUGUCACAGGGAGACAAUAGAAUUCAGAUUGUCAUGACCAGAAAUGCUCUCCAGUGAGCAGAGAAUCGAGGCACAGACGAUUAAAAAGGAAAAGAGGUUAGCAGAUACAACUUCUUUCUCACCCUAGGCUAACGUCGCUGCUACAAGAGUCUACUCGAAUAAAGCUUAAUCUGUGAAAACUCAUUUAACUGUUGCCUACAGUGCCCGUGCCGUUUUGCAGUUAUUACUCACUCCAGCUGGAUAGCAGCGCUCUCAAAUUGGAUGAGCCUCGUUCUUACACUGGCUUGUUUCAUAACGGCUGACAGGAGUGAUGCUCUAACAGUGACAUCUCCGUUUUAAUGUUGUAGCAUUAGUUGUAUUUUUUAAACGUGCUGCUCUGAGUCAUCUGGCUCUAUCGAUGCUUAAGGAGUGUUCUCUUAUUUUACUGCUCAGUAUAGCUGGAGCAGCUGCUCACUGUCUCAACUGUAAAUUAGUCUGCAACAAGGACAGAUUUUCAUUACGCUCACUUAGUGUUUUCUCGUCUCUUUGGCUCGUGAUCCGCAGUUUUCCUCAUCAACAAUACUUGCAUUUCUAAAACUGCCUGAAACAUUAGACAUCGUACAGGUGGUCUGAUGAGCUGGAUGAGAUCUUUUUAUCCAAAUUGUUUGAAUUCAUUAUUUACAGUCUGCAAACAUCAUGUCAGUUUCUUACAAUGUUUUUGUCUUUUAUGACCAGGCUGCUAUGUAAACCAUAUUGGUGUAUUAUUAACUCUAAGCUUUUGUAGUAUUUGAUCUCUUACUGUUGAUGUGAUUUCAGUGUACUGGACCUGUUUUUCCACAAUCCAUCACUUAUUUUAUUUGGUUAUUUUUAUUUGGAGGAACGUAUGAGUAAAUUUACUUUUAACAAGGUGCAAUGAAAAUAGUCGCCAUAACUUUACAAGACGGUUUAUCUAAAAAGGCCAGAAAGGUAAAAAACCAACAUUUGUACCUGACAAGUUUCGGCGUUGUCUGUGGUGAUUUAUAUGGGUUUUGCCAUCCCACUUGAGAUGGUGGGAUGGCAGUGUCCCCCGACAUGGCUGCAGAGGCAAAGUAGCCGAAACUUGUCAGGUACAAAACCUUUAUUUUUUUACCUUUCUGGCCUUUUAUAGAUGAACUGUCUUAAAAACAAUGCAACAGGCCGAAUGAACCUCUUAAGUAUAGUUUAGUAUCAUUAUUAGUUGUACCAAAUUUCCUGUUUGGACUCGAAUGAAGGAAGCCCUGGUUUGUGCAGAACUAAUCUGGUGCAGUUACUCAGCUUUAGGCCUAACUUAGCAGGGCAAGUUUCUGUUAAGAGCAGUAAUUUAUGGAGUUACAAACACAACAGUAACAUUUACAGCCUUUAAGGAAAAAACACAUAAGUAUUCAAAUAUACCAGUUUUAGCAUUACUUGGCCUGUCGGUGUCACCACCCUAUGAUAAUCUACUACCUGGAUGUAAACAAGCACAGAUGAGAGAUGGUGUCUCAUUUAAGGAUGUGUCCGCUGAAACUGGUUUAUGACCAUGCCACCAGUGCAAGGAGAACUGGAGGCUGGUGGUGCUAGCUCUGCUAAUGUUAGCCACAAUCAAUCACCUGCAGACUCUGUGAUCAAGUGGGACUCUAUGUUCGAUAAAUUGUGCUCAAGUCUGACUGUAUUUAGAGUGUUUUCUAACCUGAAGUCCAGUCACUUGACUUGAAAGUUAGUCGCUUCUUAACAUCCUUAUAACUAGUGUAAUGUGGCACAGCUAAGUGCCUUAAAUGUGCUACUCUCUGGAAUAGUUUAGGUGCCUUUUUGUCAGAGAGAGAUAGGAAAUGUUGGAGCCUAACCCUGAAUCCAAGACAGAUUUUUGUUAUUAUCCAGUUUGUCUCGCUUGAGCAGAAAAAAAUUUUUUUAGAUUAGUUUUUUGGCUUUUACCUUUUAGUGGAUAGGACAGCAAGAGAGGAGAGAAGAAAUGUGAAGAGAGAGAGAGUUGGGGACGGCACGAGUUUAACUCUGACCAAUGUGAUGAGGGCCGCAACCUCUGCAUGUAAAGUGUCUGCUCCACCAACUGGACCAAACUGCUGCCAUAGAUUCCUCUUAUACUGUAUGUUUUCUUUAAGGUUUGGUCAUAUACAUAUAAAGUGAUGGUCAUGCAAUGAAAACACUCGGUAUGAAGUAUGAAAUCCUAACAUGAAAACAAGCAGCUUUUUUUAGCUCCUUUUUUAUUUUCAAUAAAUGAUUUAAUUCAGUCUGAAGAACGAGGUCAGUGUAUUUUGGCGAGGAUGAGGCCUCUUGGCUCUGAUAAGGAAAACCCAGUAACAGUAAAACACCAGGGGAUCCCGACAUGAAAACCAGCAGAGUAUCUACAGACACUAUGGCCGUGUCAGCCUGCAGCUCCUCCAGUUGUGAUGUCGGUGAAGCGCUCAUUUUAAAAAACCUUUAAUUGAAUAGCUUAAUUCAGUGUCGCUCUGACAAAUGUUAUUCUGUGCCGGCUCUGCACUGUGUGUGUCGGUGUUAAGAGAUAAAUCCACUUCUUCUCUGCAUCUCUAAAACUAUUUAAAAGUGGAAAAGUGGGACUCAGAAAUUUCUGUGUUGAAAUCAGCAGGUAUCAGAUUCCCAGUUUCAGGCCACAUUUUGGAGGCAUUUCUGAUACUGGUGGCGGUAUCAGAAUAAUCUUAUCACUGAGUCUGUAAAAACUGUUGUAGUAAGUCUUCUGUGUCUCUGGAGGUAAGAUAUAUCUGAUUGAAAAUGCUGCUGCGGUUUAAAUCUUGAUCCUUGUGUUUUAAAUCAGCCUCCUACUUAAGAGAUCACCCCUUUAAAUUCAUCCGCCUCCAAAGUUUCUUUAUUGUGUCAAAGAAGCUGUUUGUGAGAGUCUUCUUGCACUGCAGGCAAAAAGGUUAUUUUUGCAUUUAGAGGUGCUAACAGCAUGUGAUGUGGCACUGAGGUGAUGUAUACUACAUGUUAAUCCUGUGGGGAAAGCCUCUCUGCUGGUCAGGUGGAGGUGAUGCUGUCAUUGAAGGUUCGGUGCCUGCUUGGAAGUUAAAUGAAAAACGGUUUGCGACACUGCAGACGUAGUGUGGUUUGGUUUGUGUGUAUGCAAGGAGGGGAAUUUUUCAGUCUGAUUACCUCUGAAUUGGAGGUGUUGUACAAGUGCUGGAGUCAGCAUGUUGCUUCACAGGAAAGAAACACACUGAGAGAGUAAGAAUCUGCGACAACUCCACAGAAAGGAUAUGCAAAACAAGGCAUUUGUAUUUUGGGGUUGCUGUAUAUUCAAGUCUACAUGAUUGAUUGAAGUAGUCAGGAAAUGGUUUUAUAUUCAAAGCUUUUAAUGUUCAAAUUCAAACAGAUCGUUUUAUAAAUUCUGCUCGUGCUUCAUGGAGUUUUGGUCUGUGCUGAAUUUUUGUCCAUCGGUGUGUGAAGGAAAGGUAUUAGCGUUGUCCUGUUUGUUUCUAGUUUAAAGCUGCACUGGCAUUGCCAAGGCAGCCCCCGCCGCUGAAGCACCAGUCACUGGGACUGUGGUGACUCUGCUUUCGGACAAAGAGGUGAUUCACAGCAGGAUUAUUGUACGUGUGAGCCGGGCUGGGAGGGAGCUUAAUUCUUUCCUGCGUGCCUCUUGCAUGUUCCUUUGUUUGGCCUAAAAGCCUAUUCACCGCAGCACAACAUAAUGGGUCAAAAACUAUUGUUUAUGAUAUUUCAAUAACACUGCACAGAGCCUGAAUGGGUUUGAAAAGAGGCGCUUAUGUGUGUUUUUAAAGACAUCAAUCCAUUUUAAUCAGCAGAAUUGGAAUAACAGGUUUGUUAUUCAGACGUGUAACUGUUAUGUCAUCCUCUUCACCUGACUCUAUAGGAAGGAACCGGCUGUAACAUCAUUUCCUGUAUUGUUGUGUAACUUAAAACAGCAUCACAUAAUCCUAACACAUAUAUCACGAAAACAGUAUGCGUGUCAGUUUAGCUCAAAGAGAAGUAGGAUCUGGAUUAUAUUCUGCUUUAUGGUGACAACAAUGACCUACAAACUCUUUAUAAAGAAAACAUGCAGAAACAAAGAGGUGACUCUUUAGGGUAGGGCUGCAUGAUAAGAGCCAAAAAUGACUGUUAUGAUUAUUAUUUAAGGAAUUCAGGGACAAUUUCUUACUCUUAUAAUGCUACAGAUAAAAUUUCCGCAGUUUAUUGGUAAUAUUAAAACAUGUAGGGCUGGGCGAUAAACCGAAAAUUUACUGAUACUGAAAUUUACAACAAUAACAAACGUCAUUUUGCCUAUGUCAAGAUAUUCGGUGUCAAAAAAUAAAUUAAUUAAAGUUGGUUUUGGAUGUGUGUAGGUAGGCUAUGGUCCCGUGUCCCUUUAAAGACGCUGUCCUACGUCAGAGACGUGACUCCACCCCAUCCAGUCUGUAACAAAGAGGGAAAGACAGGUGAGGAGAUGGAGGACGGUUCAAAAGUUGUAGCGGCAGCUGAAGUAGACGAAGUUAAUGUGGGAGGGGGUGAGCAGCUUGUGGAGUAGUUAAACUCCAUUUAUCGUUAUCUAGGUGAACUGAUCAAUAUAUCGUGGUAUUGAUUUGAGGACAUAUUGCCAAGCCCUACGUAGAUGUCCUACUUGUAAUCUCCCUGAGAUUUGUAUCCAACACCAGCCCCAAAUACCGUAUUUUCCGCACUAUAAGGCGCACCUAAAAACCUCCAAUUUUCUCAAAAGCUGACAGUGCGCUUUAUAAUCCGGUGCGCCUUAUAUAUGGACCAAUAUUGAGCCACAACAGGUCUCGCAACUACGGUAAGCAGCCGCCGACUUCAUUUUCCCCCGUAGAAGAAGAAGCGCGCGGUGCAUGCUGGGAUAUAUGACUGCGCGAGGCGUGCCGUUUCAUUUCUAUUUGUGUGUUUAUGUAAAGACCCCAAAAUGGCUCCUAAAACAGCUGUUUAUUCAUUUUGGGAGUGAACGGAGUUGUUAGAACGCUGGUUUGUAAUCUAUUAAUAAAGUUUGACUGACCUAUCUGACUGUUUUGUUGACAUUCCCUUUAGCGCAGCUCCAUCUAAUGGAUGCAUAACGUAACCCCAGCCUCCACUGUAGCGUCUUUUCUAUGCGCCUUAUAAUGCGGUGCGCCUUAUAUAUGAACAAAGUUUUAAAAUAGGCCAUUCAUUGAAGGUGCGCCUUAUAAUCCGGUGCGCCUUAUAGUGCGGAAAAUACGGUACUUGUCCAAGGUUUAUAUUUGAAGCCUUUCGGGGAUGGAGUGUGUGUGUGUUCUGUCCUUGCUCCCUCUCCUCCUCUGUUUAACUAACACACACACUGAAUCCCCCUGCUCUAAGCCCGCCUCAUACAUCAGAAGUUGCUGUUAGCCAUUUUUCUUCGAUUGUGGUAAAGCCAAAAUUAUGAUUGAGUCUAAAAUUCAGCAUAUCGUGCAGCUGUUUGGAGUAGAAAUGAGACUCAAGGUAAAUCUCUGAUCUGAAGGAGGAGGAGAAAAAAAAGCAACAAAAGAUUCAAAGGGAACAAUUACGUGAUUCAUUCAGAAGGCAGCUUUCUUUUUCUGGAGCGGCGGCUGCUAAUAGAAAGUGAAAGGGUAGGUGUAGAUGUCAGGAAGGUUGGCCUACAAUUGUUUAUUGUAUUUUAGCUGCUCAUCCUUUUUCAGCUAAUCGAUCAACCCAUUUACAUCGAGUCUCAGGAACCAGUUUUAAAUCUCAGAAAUUUGUGGAUUUAGAAAGGCGCAGGAAUUUAGUUUCCACUUUCUGCUUCCUUUCAGCGACAUGAAUCUGAAUGAGAGUGGUUUAGUCGUCCAAAGUGAGGUAUAGCACACCUAGCAUUGUGGCUAACACACUUACUGAUGACGUGUAACUCAUAACUCCACCCAGAAAUGCUGGAAUAUCCCUUUAACUGUAUGAGGACAGGGAGUUGUUCAGAGAGAUGUGCAUGUCUUUUUCUCUCAAUCUCAGUUUGUGGAUACAGGACCCUCUGUUUCUGUCUCUGAGACUCCUUUGUGGCCCGCCAGUUUAUCAAAAUGAAGACUCUAUCGUAGAAAUGUUCAUAUUCUGAAUUAUGAUGAAGUUUUAACUUUCUACCUGCCUUGUAAGAGCGCCAAACCAAACUAGUUGUGCCUGCUUCAUGACUCAUUAGAGCUGAUCUUAGGCCAGAGUCUGACUGCAGGAGUUUGAAACCCUAACUGCUUAUAAAAUCCUGUUGCAUCACACACAUAAGAAGAAAAGUUCAGAAAAAUUCUUCCCUCUGAUCUGAAACAUGCAACCGCUACAGGAUAUGAAAGCAAUUUCUCAUCACUCACUACAGGAUAUUAUUAAGAUUAUUGUGUGUCGGCGAGGGAGCGACGCACAGCCUCCAGUGACCUCGUUUGAUCUCACCUGUUCUCACGGUCAGAGAAGUAGAUGUGAACAAACAAAGUGCAAAACAAAAGCAACAGACUCAAGUUCUCUAAGAACACUUGAGAUGAGACACUGUAAACUUAGAGUGUUUGUUUGACAUGGUUUACUGCAGUCCUACUCUGGGAGUUUUCUUGUUAUCAUCCAGAUUUGAGCUCCUAAAUAUUAAAGUCAAAAAGAUGUUUGGUGUCUAGUACUAUGGCUGGGACCCUAUAUGUCCUGUUGAUGAAGUUAGGUGCUGUUCUGAGCAUUAUUUGUGGCUAUAGAGUGGCGUUUUGGUUGAGGUUUGUUUAUGGCUCCUCAGAACGCUGUGUAUUGCUAUCGUGCGGUCGUUACUAAAGUUGGUAGAACUAGAGAAGCAAACAGUCGGCAACAUUCAUCUCUUGAGGGGAUGUCUAACUCAGUGUUACGGUGUGUUUGACCCUCAAUUAAUUUUAAGCCGGAAUAUCCCUUUAAUUUCUGCCCCAUUCAGAGUGAUAAAUCAGGUAUGAUUUGGCCCAAACCUGUGAAAGUCUGAGUCGAGUAUCUCUAGUUGGCAAACAAAUGUAGUGGAGUAAAACGAACAAUGUGUUCCCCUGAAGUGAGAGCAUAAAAAUUCAUGAUGUGGGAAUACUCUAACACAUUGUCCUUAAGUAAAGAGCUCCAGUAACACAUCACCACUGGUUAUUUGUCUGUAAUAAUGUGAGUGUUAAAGCUGACAUCAUCUGGGUUAGCUAGUCUUGGUACUCUGCAAACAAAGUGAGAUUCAACACUGUCAGAGAUAUGAUGAUCUGAGCUGCUGAAGGGGUUAAAAAUCUGCAGGUUCAGUCUAUGAAGGAGAAACGACCUUUAGAGUUAACUUGCAUGUCUGAGCCUGAAGUCGACUCUUUGAGUGCAUGUGGAGCUGAUCUUGAAUUUUUGCAGAGCCUACCAUAGCGGUGCGUAUCUGCAUGCAUCUAUUGUGCAGCCUCCUAGAAACAUCCUGUGGUCUGUUGUGCAAACUAUCAGGGAUUCCUUCAGCCCCUCCCUGCUGACUGAAAUAAAACCAGGCAGUGCACACUGUAGUGUUUUAAAGUCAACAGAUGACAUUCAUCAUCAUCCCACAACUGUGGCUUUAGUUUUUAAAUCUGCAGCUUCCCUCUCUGAUGACUCCCAGGAAACAUCUUUUCUCUCUCUGUCUUCAGUGGGAUGAAAAUGCUACAGUCACUCCGGCUGUCCAAGAAAUGCAGUAUAAGCAGCAGCAGCAGCGGCUUAUUUUCAGCUGGCGCUCUGUGGAGUUGGCUGUUAAAUUUUUCAUGACCUGAGAGUCUUUAUUGAGCAGAAACUGAUCUCAUUCUGUUGUUGACUGAGUCACUCUGGUAUAUUUUGUUUUAGUAAAGCUGCAAUGAUUUCAACCCUCUCUCUCUCUAAACGAAGCAGGACUGCAGUUUAGCUCUUAGAUAAAGAGAAGGCUCACUUCUUAGGUAACCACAGAGGCAGUUUAGUAGUGAUUUCACAGUCAGAGUGGAGAUAUUUCAUGGGGAACAGCACUGAUGCUCCAUCAUCUCUGUCAUUUACUUUAGAUUGGACCUCUGUAGAGGAAAAAAAGCUUUUAGCGCAGGAACAAAUUAAAGUUCCUACCUCAUGUAAUGUGUUUGCUUCUCAGAAUGAUAUCUGAGCAGACCGCUGAUAUAUCUGUCAGCUAGGGCUGGGUGAUAUUGGAAAAAGUUUAUCGGGAUAUAUUUUUUUCAUAUCAGUCGAAAUCAGUAUCACGAUAUAAAAAAUUCACUUGUCAAUCUUAAAUGUUCCCUGUUACUCCUAAAUGAAAUUUAACAUGUACUCGACAUAAUUUGCAGUUCCCAUUACUCUGCUUCGUGUCCGACCUCAAAAAACCAAAAUACCUCCACACCACCGACGUUUUCGUGCCAGUGUUGUUGACUAUGUCGUCAUCUGUGGAGCCUUCGUCCGCAUGUCUGUUGGGGGUAGCACUCAUUUUCUUUUUUUCUCACCAACAGUGCUGUCUGCUUCACAUGUUUAAGUGCUGUGGUUGCGUGUAGCUGCUGUCUGCUACUACGCAGUUGUUUGCUACUUGGUUCUAAUUAGUGCUGGACGAUAAUUCGAUAACAAUAUAUAUCGAUCGAUAGACGUGUGCUGCGAUAGAAAAAAAACGGGUCGAUAAAAAGUUCGAUAGAAAAACACAGUUUCCCUUUCUUUUUCAUCAUAGCCUAUCAUGUAGCUUUUACUACAGUCAUUACGUCCUCCCAACCAAUCACAAACGCAGACCCAGGUACGCUACGGCACCAAGCCCAGCCCCUAUCAAACCACAACAGACAGCACGUGUAUUAGAAAAAAUGAUACAGCAAGGAGAAGCGGAGGACAUUGUCCCGAAAAAAGGUUUCAGUAGUUCACCAGCAUGGCAAUGUUUUGGUUUUUAGAAGUCUGACAAAAAGCGAACAGCGGUCGUUUGCAAAAUUUGCAGAGAAUUAGUAAAAACCAAGUCUGGUAACACAACCAACUUGUUCUACCAUCUAAACCGAUCGCACCCGCAGGAGUACGAGCUGUGUCGGCCGCGCCGCGGCUCCACGUCAUCGUCGGAGGAAUCCUCUGGAACCGCUGCCAGCACCAGCACAAAGCAUGUGAAGCAGACCAAACUGGACUUCGUUUCUCUCCAAAAAUACGACAAAGCGUCCAAGCGGCAUAAGGACAUCACCCAUGCAGUAACAUGCUCCAUAGCGAGGGACAUACUGCCAAUAACUACCGUUGAAAAGCCUGGCUUCGACCAGCUUCUAGCCACUCUCGACCCGCGAUAUGAAGUGCCCGUCCGCAAGUAUUUCUCAAACACAGCGCUUCAGGCAUGAAAAUGGGUCAGGGGUUGAAAAGGUGAGAAGGGUGCGGAGGAAAUACGUUCCAGUGUAGCUUCUUAAAGUGGAAGAAAAUGAGCUCAUAUUUUACAAAGACGCGAGUAUUUGGAUCAUGGCUACUAGCAGGGGGUGCAUUCGGCAGGGGUGCAUUCUACGACACAACACCGGCGUGGAUAAGUCCUGCUUCUCGUGCUUAGUUUGUGUAUUAAGUCAAUCACAUGAUAAUUAAAAAAAAUAAAUCUCCCGACCCCGGGAGAAAUAUUUCAGUGUUCAGACACCAGGCUGUGGGCAGUUUCCCACACAGUUAAAACUGGUAGUAUGCUAUUCCCACCUAAAGCUAUUCUGUUUAUUUAUAUAUUUGUUUGUUUUGUUUAUUUUCAUCAAAAGACUAUUUAAAUAUUUAUUUAUCAGAUUUUCUGGUCACUUUAGUCUUUAUGUUUGUCAGUAUUUACUGAUGUCACUCAGGCCACUUAAGUUGAUUUCUUUUUUUUUUUAGUUCUUUUUUAAAAAACUUUCAGUUGUGGUAAAAUAAAAAAGGUGGUUGAAUAAAGGUUUGAAUUUGAAUUCAGGGCUUGUGUGUUCUUUAUUAAAAGUAGGUCAUUAAGCAAUAGCAUAAAACAUCCAGGGCUGCAAUUAAAAUAUAUGUUAAAUAAUUAUAAUAAUUAUAUCGAUAAUUAUCGAUAUCGAUCAAUAUGAUUUAUUUUUUAUCGAUAUGCUUUUUUUCUAUAUCGUCCAGGCCUAGUUCUAAUUCAGCACAUGAUUCAGUGCGGUGCGACCCAGAGCAACUCCCUUUUUCAUUGGCUAUUCAUAAAGUCUACCAAAACAUAGCAGAAUGCUGACUUUCAAAAAGCAUAUUGACCAUGUUUCAUAUUGAUAUAGAGGGAAAUAAAUUUUUGGUAUAUAUUGUUAUCGUUUUAUCGCCCAGCCCUACUGUCAGCCUUUAUUAUCAAGGUGAUACGGGUCUAUAACAAGCAUGCACCCCUUAAUCUCAAUCAAACCUUUAUCAAUGUAAAAAAUCUUAUGCUGCGUUCGAGUUAACUCAGAAGUCAGAUGUCGGAGCUGAAAAGGACGUCACACCCGAGUUAACAGCGUUUCAGUUACCAAGCCUAAAAAGCAAAAUCGGAGGCAGAAACAAGAUGGCUACAUCUAUGAAAGUUAUUUUAGCGCCUUCGGACAAGGCAAGCGCUAAAAUAACUUUCAUAAAUGUAGCCAUUGUCAUAUGCCGCAAACCUGGCAGCAUAAAUCUACGGAGAGAAGCUGAGCAAACAACCCAACAUCAGCACAAGAUGACUACUAUCGAGCACACAGUCAGUUCUUGUUCACCUGUUUGCUGAUUGUUUUAGUAUAUGAUGUAAUAAGUCUGUAGGGAGACUGGUUGAAAGGGUGUAUACUGCCACCUAGUGUUGUGGAGGAGGGUGUACUUGUCCAGGACCUGAAUACUGAGACAAGGACAGUGGUCCAGUUUACUGUCCGAUCAAACCAGAACUGAAGCUCAACAUAACCCUGCAUGUAAAUGUCCCGUUAGCGCUCUACAGCCGAGUAAGUCCCUUUGCAGAGUCACAUUUGUGGAAAGUAGGAGCAAAAAAACAUGAGCUUCAUUUUUCAUUCUGCCUUUUCCAAAAGUCUGUAAAUUAUGGAUAUUUUUCAGCCAGUUUUAAAAAAUGCCACAAAGCCGUUUUUUUGGCAGUGAAGUCUCUCCCGCGCUGCUUUUUUUCAAGUCAGAUGUGAUGCAUUAAAGCGGAGCAGAGCGGCGGCGUUUCAAACAGUCAGGCUCUGUUUCUCUUCCACGCCACUCACAGGUGGGUUUGGUCGUGUUUGUAUGAGUUUAAUCAAGCAGGAGGCCUGGAGAGUGUUUUCCACAUCACUGCUACAAGGUGAACAGACAGAGCGGGUCCUGAUCGUACCGCCUCCGUUACCGUUACUUUUGUCUUUUUACAUGCAGAAGCUGGAGUGGCGCUGGAGGCUGGUGAUGAAUGCGGCACGGCUCUUUUUAUGACAGACUCUUGGAUGAGAUCGGCUCUUGUGAGGAGCCGGGUGUUGUGUUUUUAUUUUAAGUUAGUGAGAGGAUGUUACACCUCCCUAAAGGCGCAGGAAUUCCACCUCUCUGAGCUUAGUCAUCUUGAUUGGGUGAACAACUGAGGCGGGGGAACAUUGUCUGUUGUUCAGCGCUGGCAGGAGCGAUGAGAAAAAAAAAAAAGAAAAGAGUCAGUAUUUUCUCCAGACAGCUGAAGGCUAAAUGGCAAUCUAAUCCAAGAGAGGAAUUUUCUUUCAUACUUGUAGCCGAAUGCAGGCAGGCAGGCGGGGCGUUAUUCAGGGAAACAACAAACUGUCUUCUGUUUGUGUUGGCAUGUGAGCAUCACAAAUGCAGAUCUGGACUCUGUUGUGUGAAAUCGCCCCUGCCUUGUUACGUCGGGGGAGGUUUCGGCAGCCACAGCUGUCAAGAUAACCCAGCUGCUCUCUGACUCUGUGGUAUGAAAGAGGAAGAAAAGAGCAGGCUUAGAGCUGGGAAGCAAACAGACGAGUAUUACGAUGACAGAACGGCUCAAACAGUCGCAGUCCAGCUUUGCGUCGCAGCGUCGGCUCACAAAAGCGCCGGUUAGCUCUGGGAGAUGGCUCCUGCGACAUGUAAACCUGUAGUUGGCAGGGGCAGCUGUUUCUGAGGCCAGACUACACUGAGGACUAAUGAGGUGUUUAUCUGAGAGGUGGGCAGGCUGAAGUGCACUGGACUCUGGCCCUGAAGCCCAUCUGUCAGACUCCCAGAGACGCUGCAGGAGAGGAGGCCUGUCCUGACUUGACUGUGACGGGCUCACGGCCUUUUCAACACAGAGGAUAAGAUUUGUCCGUCCACUAACAAACAGGCGUCUAUUUCCAGCCUGUUGUUGUAGGUUUUUGUUUGAUGGAUGACUGACUGCCUUUUUGAUCGUCUCUGUGUAGACAGCUUUCACUUUCUCAUGAUAACUCGAGGAGUGAGAGAAGAAUAGACUCAACCCACAGCAUGAUACAAACUUCCCUUUUCGAGUGUAAGUACCCAGAUUUAUGUUCAAACUUUAGAGAGAUCAGCCCACUAAACUGAUGCUUUAUUUUGACUUUUUACCACCUUUAAUUUUGAAAGGACACAAAAUGAAACCCGCAAGAAAGUAAAGCUACAGGAGACAACGAAAAGAGCUCUUUAAAAAAAUCCACAGUGACAAAUGUUCGCUGUAGUAGGAGAGACAUAAGCUCUUAAGCUGUUGUUAAAUACUCUGUUAUACCUCUCUCUUUCUCUCUCUCUCUGUUACCUGCAAAACAGGUGUAGAGACACUCCUCCACACACACACACACGCCCAAUGAGUACGGGAAGAGAGAGGAGUUUAUCCUUCACAAACAUAAAAAACAAAAGUCUUUAGAUGUUAAAAUUUAUUUUUCGUUUUGACUCAUCUUUUAUUUGUCAUAUUUUCUUGUUUUUAAGUCCCACUAAGAAAAAAAGGUCACUAAAAGAGAAAAAAAAACAUGUUUUUAAGGCCCUCAAGAUAACCAUCUAUCACAGCAAAGGUCCAAAGAAAGUCAGGGCAGAAUUAGUCUUUUUCUGCAAUAAUCAAAGUCUGUUUUUCCCCAUCUCAUAGAAAGUAUUUCUAAAUAUCAGUUUACCUGAAAGUAUCGUGAAAAUAUCGUAUCGUGGCAGAAGUAUCGUGAUAAUAUCGUAUCGUGGCAGAAGUAUUGUGAUAAUAUCGUAUCAUGGGGCCACUUGUGAUUACCACCCCUAAUAUCUGUAAAUACUUGGUUGUACUUUUGCAGAUUAUAGAACAGAAAACAGUUUUUCUUCAGUUAUUUAAACAUUUGUUUUCAAAAGACAAAGUAAAUUUUUUAGUAAAAGAUGUUCUCAGCUUAUUUAUUUCAAGUAAGUCCAGCUAGUGUCGUUGUAAAAGCCAUAUAUAUAAUCUGUUUUACAACCCUGUCAUUGCACACCACUGACAGGAUUCAAGCCUCAACAGUCACACCGUGUUUGAAUCACCUCUGAAGUUGUCACGAACUUUGCUGCUCAGCUGAUGACCCAUUUCUUAUUUUCUUAUUUAGUCAGACGAGCUCUGAAUGCUCAGUUCCACUGUCAUGUUUCCUGGGACUUCUUUCCUCUAUCAUUUCAGCUUCUUCAUUAGCUCUACUCCUCUAGUGCCUGAAAAACACCAUCAGCUCAAGUUCUUUGAGUCUCAGCGGAGGAAAGGAUAAAAACGUGAAACACCACUUUCUAGUAAACAGAGGAGCACAGAAAACAAAGCUGGACUGGAUUAUUACAGUUUGGCAAGAGACCCAGUCUUAUUUUUAGCACAGAGAACGUUUCCACCUCCAACCACUGGUAUCAAUGAGAGAUUUCAGUUUCGGGUUGUUCUGCACGAUAACUCGGCAGGUCGUUGUUUUAGCAGCUGAUAAUUAAAGGGGAGAAGGUGUUUUCUGUUCACACUGACUGUCAGCUGAUCCCGAUGAGCUCACGUCUUAAAAUGUCUCAUAAAUCUGAUUAUUUUUGGAUUGGUGCUUUAAUUAGGAGGUUUUAAAAUUCCUCUUUGUUUUAAUUGUCAGAAAAAAAUCAGAAAAAGAAGAAAUAAGCUUAAAAACUAAUAAGAGACAUGAAACCCUAAGCUGUGUCAUAAAUCAUAUUACUGUUUCACUUUUGAGAAUCACAGUUUGAUAACUUCUGUGUGGGGAUUUUAACUCGGUAUUACACCUAAUUGGGAUUUCUUCCUGAGCUGACACUGUUGCCCCACAGAGAAAAAGGAAAACAAUAUAUUUUUAACAUUUUCUGUGUCUCUGAAUGUGUAGUUACUUCACACCUGAGGGCAAAGAGGCUGAGAGUUAGAGAGCAAACACGUAAAUGUAUUAAUGCUCAAACUGAUGUAUAAAGAUUAAUUCAGGUUCUUCUGUUAUUUAUUUAUCAUGCAACUAUGAUUUAAAGCCCUCCUCUGCAUGCAACACUGGAUGUAGAUAUUAGUGCCUUAUAUUCCUUUCAAUGCAUCUUGUUGUGAUGACAGAGUAGGCUCCAGUUCGGUUGGUUGGACAUAUGUUUUAUCGAAUAUCGGAUAUUUGCACAUGAAUCUUUGAGGAUCUUGUCAAUGUAAACACUUCAUUUGAUCCAGAGAAGGUCUUAUCAGGCAGGAAAAGUCCCCCUGCUGGACAAACUGAUUUAAUCUAAUGAUCAAACCUGAAAGAAAGUGUAGAGUGGGAGUAUUAUUACACAGUCUCUGAGAGAGACAUGAUUCAAGGAGUUUUUAAGAGGGACUUCAGGGGGAGAGAAUAUCAGCUAUUUAAACACAUCAAAUCUCAUAACUCCGAGGACUUUUCCUCCUCCUCCUCCUCCUCUCUGAAUACUUGCACAUGUUGGGCAAAAUCCAGUUGUGCCAUUUUCUUCUGAAACAUUGAAAAACAUCCACACCGGUGAGGCCAGCUUUACUCUUGUGUCAGCUCCUGUUCCUGUUCUCCACUUGUGAGGAUGAACCUCUGUGCAGCCCUCUGUUUCAGAACGUACAGACUCGUUAGAAGGUGAAGAAACCUAACCCUGGAUGAAAAUUCAUUAUUCAUUAAUCAAGUUAAGGACUUCUUGUUUUACCUGGAUUUGGUCUGCAACCCAAAUACUCAAUUUUCCCAUUUUCAGAUGGUAAACUUUCCAAGUUCUGACCCUAAAAUCGAACUUUUCUAACCUGAUACUCAAUCUGACUCUAAACACCCCAGCUCCCCUGAUCUGCUCAGCUCUCCUGCACUUAAAGAGUGUUAUUAAGAGGUGAUGAAACAGAGUGGUGAACACGGCCCUGUCUGAACUUUCUAAAAACGUGUCGCUGGUGUCAAAUUCAAAACAGGCAGACGAUUAAAAAAAAAGAUACGUGACAUUUCUCUGCUUCAGCUUUUUCCAGAUGAUAUAGAGUUUCAGUGUUUUGGGAAUCAUCAAGUUUUGUGUCCAUUCAACAUCCUCUUAAAGAAACCGGCUGUUUUUUUCACUUUAGCGGCUCGGUGCACCUGUAAAACUCUGCUGCAGCUGUUUAAACUGCUGCACUCACUUCUGCUCAUGCUUUCUGUCCACAAUAAAACCGUUUGCUGCUAUUUUCUUUACGGCUCUCCGGGGUUAGAUCACGUGCAAAAUGCGAGGAAGAGGUUAAAGUGUUUACACACAGGCAGUGGGUCAUUUUUCUGUUUUACAGCAGCUGCACACGGAGCGAACAGGGCGAUCAUAAAGAGAGAGUCUGACUUCGAGCAGGAUUUCUGCACUUAUGUAACGCCUUGAUUGGAGCAGAUUGGUUUAGGGGAAAAAUGCUGAUCUGCAAACAGUUUAAGUAUGUCAAAGGUCCAAAUCAUUUCAGGGCUUAGAGUGGCUCAGUCAUGGUGCAAGUAUGUGUUCGAGUCUGCAGCAGCAACUGCUUCCAGCAACUGGAGGAGUUUUUAACUUGAAUUGAAAACUUUGUUUUUCUUGUGGUAAGGUUUUAGAUGAGAAGUAUGACGAGAGAACAGUUAACAGAGUAAAACACACUUUCUUUACUGGAGUAGACGCACAGAUGCGUGUGUUCAAAUGAGAGACUACAAAAGCAGAAGUAGAGCUGUGGUGUUUCCUGCAGUAAAGUUCAGUCACAGUCUAAAAGUAUCCCUCUGAAGGACAAACGUCACUUGACUUCUUUUCUUCACAAUCAUGUUUCGGCCUCUUGAUAUUUCUAUUAUGUCAUAUUUCUCGUGUGUCAUCAGAAAUAUGCCAUGUAUCAUCUCUCCUCUGCGUUAUUGUCCCAUUAGAUUUAAAUUGAUCUGGAUGGGAAGCAGACAGAGCGCAUUGAUGCAGAAUAGAAACAAUCAAUAAUUCCUCUCGAAUGCAUUAAAAGCCUAUGUAAAGACGAGAAUAUAGAGGAUAGAAAAUGACAAAUUUGUGAUAUAAAUGCUGGGAAGAGGUGCAUUGUUGUCAUAAAUCCAUGUUUGCAGAGUUUGGUAAAAUGUGAAAAGUUUCUUAGUUUUAACUCUGCUCUUAAAAAGCUUUUAAAUCAUUUCAAUACAUUUCUAUUUUCAUGUUUGUAUAUUUCUUUUUUUAAAUUAUUUCUGUUGUUGUAGCACCAAAACAGAUUCCUUUUACAGGUUAACAUACUUGGUAACAAACCUGUUUCUGAAUAUGAGAAAUAAAGAGUAAAUAAAUCUGGAUAUUCUGAGGAAAUGAUGAAAAUCUCCAGAUCACAGAGUCUGUGUUUGAACCAACUAUGCAAAAUGCAAGCCGUACAUCUGUUCACCUAUAAAGGGGGUAAACAAAGCUGUGACAUAGUUUUACAACAGCUUCUACAUAUAUAAAUAGAUAUAUCUCUUAUCUUUUACAAUAAAGAGGAAAAACUCUGGAAUAUUACAGACUCCAACACAAAACUUUGCUUGAAUGAUAAACCUCAUGAUCAGCAACAGUGAACUAGUUGCUUUUUUAGUUACAUCUAUGUUGUAGGUGAGACAUUAGGAGAGACAAAGUGGUGCAAGAAAACACAGCCUGAGGCAAAGACACACCUGGAGAAGCAGCACAGCUUUUAAUGAAUUGUUGUAGCCGAUCUGUAAAGUAAAAGGCUGAUAUAAAUAAUUGGCCAAAUGCUGAAUAAUCGCUUUAGGCCAGAAAGUCGUCUACCCCUAUUAAUGACACAUGAAUAGACCCAAACUGGUGUAAACUGUGGCCCCAAUUACAGAACCGCUGUGUGAACACAAAACCAGACCAUGCAUCCUUUUUUGUGUCGGAAUCUAGACGAAGUAAACGAGCCGUAGGCGUCCAAAAAGCUUCAGGCGGGGUGAUUAAUGGAAUCUCCCUGUCAGUUAUUACCAUGAUUAUGACCCCCCAUGUUCAUGUAAAUAUGAUAAAGGCUGGACUAUCACAGAGCUGCCUGCAGUGGCUUAAGGCAAAUAAAUACAGGCGGAUGAAGCACACCCUGCCUCUCAUCCUUCACAGCACAGCGGGCGCUCAGCCUCUCCCCUCAGAAUGUUUCACUCUAAAUUCAUCAUGAAGAAGAACUCAGAUGGAUGUGCAGCAAAGUUUGGCUGAGCAUGGAAACUGUGGAUCCUGCUGAAUUUAGCCGUGGACUGCAGGAGGAGGAGAGAGGAGAGUAGGGAGAGGAGCAAGAGGAGUCUGGUGUCUGUGAUCACAAGUGUGCAUAAGUGUAAAUGAGCUGAAUCAGAGAUACUGAGCCGUGUGAAAAGAUAAUUCAAGUUUAACAAAAGUGGUUAACAGGUUUUUUUUAUUCAGAGUUUUUAGGUUUUAUAGAGUUUUUGAGCCUUUUAAAGCUGCUGUGAGGAGUUUUUGAGAGGUCAUGAACAGACUAAAAUAAACAAUGAUGCAUCUUUAUGCUUUACAAAAGCAAAUUAGACCAUAAUUGACGAGUCUGACAAUCUUAGUAUUGUCAUUUAACUGCUGCGAGAGGGUAGGUACCAUAAAGAAACAGCCUUAGAUACUUUUUCCCAUCGCAAGCAUCCACGAUGAAGGAUAACUGUCAUAUAUAAGAAGACAACAGGAGGACAUUUUUGUAUAAUAACCAGGGUUCGUGUGCAGGUAUGGAAAUUAUGGAAAAGUAUGGAAUAAAUUUGAUCAGUUUUAUGUUUCCAGACUAUUACCACACUUCUAAAAUACUGUCUUCAAAAACAGAAAUGUGGGUAUUUCUAAAAAUAAUUCCAAAAGGUACAGUAUGGAAAAGUAGGGAAAUUCCAAAUGUGUAGGAACCCUGAAUAACAACGCUUUCCCAAGGAUGAGACUAAAUCACUAAUGAUAAAAGGGUUACUACUUUGUCCACUGGGGGCGCCAAAGUCAACACAGACAGAAAGUUCCUCACAGGAGCUUUAAAUUCAUGAGAUGAUGCAGAUGUCAAAUGCUUUAACUUGACGACUAAAGACGGCAGAAAAAUGAGAGUUGACAUGUCUCACCGGCAACUGACUUGUAUGUAAUGUUAUUAUGCAAAGCUUGUCUCUGUUUCAUUCUUCCACAUGAUUACUGUCGUCCUUUAUUAGAAGACUUUGAUGUGAACUCGAUGUGAAGGAGAAAACUGAGCUUCAUUCAUGCUUUAAGAAAAUGAGGAUGUAUUUUUUUAUGCCCUGUAGUAAUAAGAAGGUAAAUGUUUGAUAAAAGCACAUCAGAGGAGGAGCUGUCUGUCUGCAAAAACAAACAGGACAUGAGGUUGACUCCUGUCCGCAGAGACGGGGCCUCACUCAGGGACUUGUUCUUUAAAGUGGACUCAGCAGGCCUCUGUUAGGUUAGUGUAACUCUUCCUCGGGCUUUGCCGUAAAUUUACUUCCAAACACGAGAACCACAGUCACCGUCUGCCCUCCUCCGCACACAGUCUGCUUCCUCUGUGUACUCUACCCUCCACAAAUCUGUUCUUGAGGGGGGCAAAAAAAAAAAGGUUUGAUAAACAUCCAGUGAUGACACAAGAUGGUGCUGCGUGUUCCAGAUAGCGUCUUCUUUGUAGUCAUCAAAGCGGGAGAGAAGUGGCCUUUUUGUUUGCUCCCUCAGAGGCUUGUUUUCCAAUACCCAGAGCAGAUGGUAUGUGUUUUCCAUGGAUGAAUCACUGAGCUGGGUGGGUCUGCGUAGCUGGCCUACACUAUGAGAAGCUCGUUUGUGUGUCCUCCUGGCUUAGCAGCAAAAAUACACCUGUGUUUUUACAAAAAAAAAAGAGCUUUGAAUUCACCAGCUCCAUGUUUUGUCUCUUUCUGCUCAGACUCUGGAGGAGCCCCCCUACUUGACGGUAGGGACGGAUGUGAGUGCCAAGUACCGAGGGGCUUUCUGUGAGGCCAAGAUUAAGACUGCCAAGAGGCUCGUCAAGGCCAAGGUAAGUCACAUUUCAAAGUGCUCACGCUUCAAAAUUACAAAUCUAUUGUCUGUGUGUGCGGUGAGUGAAGGUGAGUGAAGAGCGGCGCUGCAGGGUCAGGGAGGCUCUUGUCAGGGAGCGAAAGGUCAACGAUGAGGAUCACACCGCUCUGCUUUAAUGUGCGUCCUCGGGGCUGGAUUAAAUAGACAUGAUCCAAAACAGUCCUCAGAGACAUACCAGAGCUGCACUGACGUCUGUCAGGUUAAUACGACUCUUCGAUGACACACUAGAGCUUCACACACUAGAGCUUCACAAUAAACCAAUAAGAUCUCGGUCAGGACAGACCCUCCACUCUCUGAGUUCAUAUUGUUCAUUACUGCAGGAUUCAAUCUUCCAAACGUUUGUUUUGAUGAGUGCUGAAAAAAAUCUGAUCCUUAUUCUCGUCUUUGUUUUCUCUUCUCAACUUUACUGCCUCUCUCAUCUGUCUUUUCUUCCUCUCCAUCCUCUCCUUUAUUCUCAUCAUUCUUUUUUCUUAUAUCAUAUUUCUUUAUCAUCUCUUCCUCUUUUUUAUCUUCUGCUCCUUCUCUAUUGUCUUUCUCUUCUUUUUCUCUCCUUUCUCUUCUUUUUCUCUCCUUCUCUGAGUGUGGGUAGAUUGUGUAGGUGUGGGAGUGUAUCAAACUAUUCAUUCAUAAUUCAUGUUCAUUAAGAUUCAUGAAAGAUAAUUGAUCAUUAGUUCCUGAAUUACUUCUAAAUAAAGUUGGUUCAAGUCAUCCUCUCCCUCUCUUCUGUCUUCUUCUUCUCCGUCUUUAUCCUCCUUUCUUGUCCUACUCUUCUUCUUCCUCUUCUCCUUCUUUCAAUCUCUCCUUCUCUUCCUCCUUUUCUUCUCUUUCAUCAUGUCUUCUCCCUCUACAUCAUCUUUGUCCUCCAUUUCUUCUUCUUUGUCUACCUUUUCUUCCUCUUUUUCCUUCCUCUUCCUCUUUAUCAUCUUUUUUGUUUCUCCUCUCCCUCAUCCUCCACUCCUGUUUCUUCCUUCUCUUUUCUCCAUCCUCUUCUUCUUUCUGUUCUGACUCUUCCUCUACAUCUCCUCCAUUUUGUCUCAAACUUCCUCCUUUUUCCUCCUCUGUCUCUUCACCUUCUUGUGUCUCCUCAUUGUUUCCCUCUUCCUCUCUAUUUUUCUCGUCUCCCUCUUCUUCUCAUUUUUCUUCAUUCUCUCCCUCCUUCUCUUCCUCUUUCCCUCCAGCAGUGAUGUUUGCAUGUGUUCAUACCAAAUCUUAUCAAAUCCAAACAAACAGGUGACACCUCACAUUUUUUAACUGCUCUGAAAAGACAAAAUGAUCUGGAUGAAAAAAUCUCUGGACUGUUUUUAAAAGGACAGGUCUGUUAUUUCACUAAAAGCCAAAAGUUGGACUAAACGCUGACUGCAUGCAGAGUAUGAAUCACCUGAAAACAAGACAAGACGUGACUACUGUCUCUGAAAAAGUCACUUCCAUGCUGGAGACGGGCGCUCUGUUUUGCAAGGUGGACGUUAAGUGAGUUUUCUUACCCGAGUGGAUGUGCAGGACAGGUUUCCUCUGUGUGGCUAACACUCAACACACAGUGCGGUGUUGUCGUAGUCACGGGCUGUCAAAGACGGUGGGCUCUUUGUUUUGGAAAGUGCGGUUGGGCUGCUGUCGCUUUAAGUGAAGGAAGCCCUGGUUAGGUAAGGUUACGUUCAAGUGCCAGUGGGCAGAUUUGGUUUACGGUGAGUGAGUCUGCUGCCCUUUACUCCCACAAUAAAAACAAAACCUUACAGGCUUGGUGAAUACAGAAGUAGACAGUAUGAUGACAGGGACACGUAAAAAAAAACAAAAAACAACAACUUAAAGAUGAUUAAAGCUCAGGUGAGGAUUUUUAUCACAUUUAUAAAAGAGACUGAAAUUCAUAUGGAUGCUUUAAAUAAUCUCAACAAGCGAAAGAGACAAGAUUCAUCUUUAUAGCAUGUCAAUAUAUUAGGUGUCAAAAAACUAAAUCAAAUUUGGUUUUGGAUGUGUGUAGGUAGGAGAUGGAGGACGGUUCAAAAGUUGUAGCGGCUGAAGUAGACAAAGUGAGCAGCUUGUGGAGUGGUAAUCUUCCAUGUAUCAUUAUCAAGGUGAACUGCUCAAUGUAUCGUGAUAUUGAUUUGAGGCCAUAUCGCUCAGCCCUAGUUUGCAGCAUCUUCCUUUUGAUUCUGAUAUGAAGCUCAAAGUCACUUUUUUACCUGCUAUAUUUUCCCCACUUCACGUAAGGGUAGCUGACAGCUUCAUUAAAAUGGUACAAACUCAUGGCCAACAAACCCAGGUCUCUUUAUAAUGUCUUACAUGUACGAAUGCUGGGUAACAAAGCUGACUUACAUCGUGUAAAAAAGGAAAAUCACAGAUGUUGGAGUGUCUAAAUGAGGGUUUUGUAAACGCUCCUACUGCGAUAAUGAUGAAAUGUGACUUCUUGUGCAGCCUUACUGAUCACUGCUUGGCUGUGACAGAUGUUAGGGGCUAGUCCCGCCCACCAGGUAACCAUCACGUCCUCCCAGGUGUCCCGCCUCACCCACGGCUGUACGCUUUAUGGCGAGGACAGCGCGGCUGCCGUUCCCCUGCAGGUUUUCUACCACUCGGAUGAAGGCGUUCACGCACACUACACUUCACUACAGUCUCUUCUUUCCCACUGGGACCCACUGGAGCAUCUGGAUAAUACGAUAGAGACAGAUCACUUGUCUCUUGUUCUGCUGGAGUGUGUGGGAGGAACAAAGAUUAGAUGUUGGCUUUUUCAGUGUGUCAAUGCGCUCUAUACAUCGCUCCCCUGACGAAACAAAGAGUAGGAUGUUCUCCCUCUUGCAAACCUGCUGGAAAAAUGAGAUGACGACUCUUUUUUUUGUUCACAAUGACAAACAACAUGAGGAAGAAAGACCCUGUGAUUUAGUCAAAUAUAUAUUCAACACUAAAAGAGCUAAUAUGACAGCCCCAGCUCAUUAAUUAAUUAGCAGACUCAUUUUCUGAGCGUGUUUUUUGGGGUGGUUGUAAAGUGAAUCUGAGCUGCGCAACACAAACGUUGAAACGUGGCAAUUAUUCAGCUGUUGUUGAGAAUAUUCAGCCGUAAUGAAUUCCUCUUUAGCUCCUCGGUUCAUUAAUCUCUGUCUGCUUGUUGAACAGAGUCGAUGGGUGCAGCAUAUGGCGCUGGUGUCUUGCGAGUGAUUUUUAAAACCCGGGGAAAGCUGUGUGUGUGUGACAUUUUUAUUUAUGAUGAUGAUCUGUACAAGAAGUCCUGUAAAAGGAUCUAUUAGCAGCGUGUCACUAUCACUCAGUGUGACAUGUUCAGCACUCUUAUUAUUAACAAGGAGCGAGUCUGUGCAACAUUUAACAAGACUUUAAAGAAUGAGCGCUGUCUGAUACAGACCUUUUUAUUUUACAUUAUUUAUCCUGAUGAAGUCAACUCACCUUAAAGGGAUAUUCCAGAGUAAAUUUAAAUUUGAUCACUGAGUGCAGCGGAUCAUUUACACGAAGUAAUAAUUAGGGCGGUCCCGAUAGAAUAUUAAUAUCGUUAAUCGGUCCAAAGAACAAACCACUGAAGGCUACAUUAUCGGUAACGUAUCGGAAGUAAAGAAGUUGUAUCGGGACACCCCAAGUAAUAAUCAUCACAAUCAUUUUGCACUGCAGACACAGUAGUUCUUCUGCUUUAGCGUCUCGGUCUGAUUUCAUUUCCAUGAAGAAAUGAUCAAAAAUGUUCUUCCUUGAGCUGCGAAACUCCGCUGCACUCGGUGAUCGACUCGUCAGGGCUCCCCCACAAACAAGAGGCUGCUGGAAGAGAGUAGGUGAGUUGUGUUUAGUCUCUUUGCGAAAAAAAUCAGGCAAAGUUAAAAAGAUGUUUGGUGUCUAGUACUAUGGCUGUGACCCUAUAUGUCCUGUUGAUGAAGUUAGGUGCUGUUCUGAGCAUUAUUUGUGGAUAUAGAGUGGCGUUUUGGUUGAGCGCGUGGCUCUCUGUAUUGCUAUCUGCGGUCGUUACUAAAGUUGGUAUAACUAGAGAAGCAAGCAGUCAGCAACAUUCAUCUCUGGAGGGGGUGUCUAACUCAGUGUUACGGUGUGUUUGGCCCUAAUUUAAUUUUACGCUGGAAUAUCCCUUUAACACUCUGUCCAAACCAACACUGCAUUGAGAGCCAAAACAGCAGCAGGUUCACUUCAGCCGGGAGGAGAAACGUUUCAGGAUUUAGUAGAAGUAUGGCAAAGGGAUGUGAAAUGUAGUCCAGCUACGGUUCAUUCAAUAAAUGCCUCAUCUGGAGUAAAAUGUAGGGCAUGCUUCAGUUAUAGUGGAUUCUUCUUCUGUUUGGCCCAGAUUGUACUAAUUAGUUUUUUUUCCCACUGAAGAGACGAGUUGUACAGUGUAAGAUGUAAAAACUGAUAAAAAAUAAUAAUAAAAAAACAGAAUCUGAUGGUUUUUGAAUAAUAAAGAUCCUAUAUUUGUUUGACAAACAAAUAAACUCAUUUUAAAUUUGAUGCCAGCACUGCAGACAGUCCAGUUUCUCAGCAGCAGGACUCUUCUACUACAGAGCCAUGUUGUCAGAAUAUGGUUACUGAUCAAAUGAAGGUCUUCCCUGAUAAACUCAUUGUCUGGAUGGCAGCAGAUGUUCAAGUAAAUAUGUUCUUCAAAAAAUGUGCCAACUAUCAAAUUCUGCUUUUAUCAACAUCCCAAACCUUAUUGAAUUGGGAUCAUAAAGUAGUAUAACUUAAUCAACUGUAAUGUAAUGAAAAGAAAUCACCGACUCCAAAGUGAAUUCCCAUCAGACAGUAGACACACCCUGAACUUGUUCUCUCUUACAUCCUAUAGUAGCUUGUACAUCCUAAAUAAAACUUCUUUAGUCCUUAUGACAGGUAUUUUCAGUAUUUUUACUGUGCAUCAGCCACUAAACUUAAAGCUUUUCCUUUUUCUUUUUUAAAGCGACAGAAAUGUUUUUUCCCACUCUCUAUAACCCGCUCACGAACAACCCUCCAGGCUCUUUGUUUGAAAGCUUUUUGGAGGAAAAAUCUUUGACUAUAAUGUAACAGGAAGCUCCAAUAAACCUCAACAUCAAAUCAUUUUCAGCACUGUGGCUUAGAAAUCCGGUUUUCAGUCUCACUCCUGUGUUCCUCGUUUCAUCUGCUGUUUGUGUGCACACUUACAGACUCGUGUUGAGCUAAGCAGACUGCAGGCUGGUGGUUUUUUUGAGGUUAUCAGGAUGGUCAGGUGUCACUGAUGCGCUCUGACGGAGGCUUUGGACUGCAGAUUCACUCCCCCUCCUCCUUGUCUGUGCAGAGAGGAGCUCCUUUAUUCCAGAGCAGGAAUGUUAUUAUCUCCAUAACGGAUGAAACGCUUCCUCAGGAAGCUCUUUACUCCUCUCUACUCCCCAUUUUUAUGACCUGACAAUUCAGCUGCAUCUCACACCGCAUAUUUCUUUCACUCAUCGUCUUGAUCCAGUCCUCACACUCCGACUUUGAUUGCUGUUUCUGUUACGUUUAAAGCCGACUGACGGGAGUACCCUCUGGAUUCAUUACCUUGUUCUGCGAGAUAUGGUGCUUAACGUCUUUCUGCGGCCUUAUACGCCGUUUAAUUCGGAACUAAUUCACAGUCAGUAAAAGUGAAACCAGAUUUCUAUUAUGAUUAUGUUACUAUUUUAUGAGGACUUGCUCUCAAAAAGGACUUUAAUUUCCCCCAGGAAGCAGAGAGGAGGCACAAACGGGUGUUUUGACAUCUAAAACAGGGAGGGGCGUUCGUAAUACUAAACAGACUCUGUGUUUCUGGCUGCUGCAACACUUCACACACGUGCUCUUUGGAAAAUAUGUGACAGUAAAUGGCUGCGAGUGUGUAUGUGUGUGUCUGUGUGUGCCACUUAGUGUUGCCAGGUCGCCAUGCAGAUGCAAGAUUACCACAGCGUGAUCUGAUUAUGAUCCUGUGUGGCUCACUCGGGGGAGGCUGCAGAUGCAGAGAUGAGAGGGGGAUGGUCAGUCAGUGUCAGUGUCAGUGCCGCUCCAACAUCCACUAACAAAAUCCACCACAGGAGCAGAUGUGGAGCAGUCGCGAAUUAGGGGUCAGGUGUUCAACAAUGAAGAAAUGACGACAGUAUUGAAAACGCAGACACGUGCGUCUCUCCUGACGGCAGCAAGAACUCUUCAGUGGUCAUGUUGAAGCUCCACAUGUCAGUUUUUGUAAGCUGCUGCAGCUGUAAGAUGUCACUGAUUUCUGGAAGCUUAAAGGCUUUCAAACCUUGUGAGUCGUGGAUGAACAAUAUUACCCUACGACUUUAAAUAACCAGUUUACUCAUCACCACUCCAGCCUGCUGUCUUUACAGUGAGGGAAAACCCAACAACAACAAUCCCGACUCCCACGCACAGGCUGCGACAAAUAAAUCAAUGUAUGACAAACACUGACAGGCUGACAGUGCAGGUAUAGUGAGCACAGACACAGAUAGCUGCUAAUUAGUGCUUACAUAAUAGAAUAAUGUUAGAGUUUGACUGAGUGUAAAAACUAAGUGUCAGACUUCUUGGACGGUCUGUUGGUUCAAUAAAGCUCACAGCAUGACAGAUUGUUCUCUGAGAAUUACUUUCAAAAAAUAAAAAGUUCAGGGACUGAAUCAGCAGACAGUUAACAGCCACCACCUGUCAAUCAAAGAGGCCAUACCUUCAGUUUUGCAGAAAUAUAAAGACCCACUUAGGUAAAAGCUUAGUUUUCUCAUGAUAUGUCCUGUAGCAUCAGAAAAAUACAAGAAAAACAAGUGCCAAAUUGCAUUUCUGAGUAUUUCUGCAUUCAAAUCUCUGAAUAUCUGGCAGACCCAAACAGAAGAGUCAGAUUCAGUGAGAUUUCCUACGUCACAAAUCCAAGCUCCGCCCCUGGAGCCCCGCUAUGCAGGCCAGACUUGGAGACAUAAAGAAGACAGUCGCGGAACAAGCGUGUGCGUUAGCGAAUUGCAAUGCUCCUAAGGAAGCUAAUUAGAUAUUAACUUUUAUCAUGCACCCAAAGACAUUAGAGUCAAAGAGCUGAAUAGCUCCUAUAUUACCUUCUUCUUCUUCUAUACGGGUAAUGUUGGGCUGCAAGCUAACAUGAAGAAGAGUGUGCAGAGCAGCGCUGUCUCCGCCCACGACUCAGAGGUGAAUUACUAAUGAGCUACUGGAGCUCUGCAGAAGAAAAGACCUUGAAAAUGACACAGGUGACGUGAUUUUGGCUAAAAACUUCAUAAUCAUAAUUUAAAGACCACUGAGAGUACACUUUAGGUGGUAAAAAAAACGAUCAGAGUGGGACUUUAAGGUUUGAUAUAAGUGAGACCACUAAGUUACUGUAAAACCUGGAAUAUAGGUCACACCAGAAUAUGAGACACAGUCCUCCUACAUCAUCAUAAGGUUUUGUUUUAAAAGCGCCGCUAUAUAAAUAAAGUCUAUCAUCAUCAUUAGUAGUAGUAGUAGUAGCAGGUGGUUCCACCAGCGCCAUCUUCUGAGUAAAACACCCAAACACAAUCAAAUCACAUGAGCUGCAGAGACCCGAACUGUCUUUGACCCAGACUGCAAACAUGUUGAUUUCUGCUGUUCAGUUGUAGAUUUUAACAUGGAGCUCUAUGUGGAUUCACUCACUUUAGGGGGCAGCCUCUAGUGGCCGCUGGGUGAACUGCAGUUUUCUGUGUUUGUUUCAUUUCUCAGGCCUGUAAAUUGCCUCUUGGACAGAGUCCAUCAGUGUAAUCAGUGUGUAGCUGUGAUAAAGUCCUGCUGCUGCUGUGAGGACGAAGAUUGAUGUGGCCCGGUCGGACCUUUGGGGAAAUGUUUGUUUGUGGCUGUUACUGAUUCUCCUCUCCUCUGUCCUCCUCCUCCUCAGGUGACCUUUAAACCAGAUCUAUCCACGGCGGAGGUUCAUGAUGAAAACAUCAAAGGACCUUUAAAGGUAAGGGGGAGGUGGAUACUGUCUCACGGUCAGCUGCAUCAUGAGACAGAUUAAUUACUCCUCUUGGUGUUGUUUAUUUAGUCCCUGUAGAAAAAGCACCAGAGAAGGGGUUAACAAAGCAUUGACUCUGUAAUUUAAUUUCAUCUCAAUUAAGAUCUUUGUGGCAGCAAUAUGGCCGCCUCAUUGCUUUAAUCACAUCAUUAGAUUAAUCAUUAGCAGACGCCUGAUAACAGCCGUGUGUCCGUCCCACAGGUGGGUGCUGUUGUAGAGGUGAAGAAUCAGGAUGGAGUCUACCAGGAGGCCACAAUCAAUAAGCUGACCGACGCCAGUAUAUAUACUGUUGGUGAGUCAAUAACAGGCUGUCUGCUACCACUCCUCACUCUAAAGUCCUUUUCUCUCGCCCUGCAGUCGGCUCCUUAAAAACAUGUUUGUGUGAAAAGAAACUUCUGGAGGUGUUUUCCUGUGAAUCAGAGCCGCUGUGAGUUUAGUCACACAGUUCAGAAGAGAGAGGAGGAGGAUGGAGAUGUGUUCGACCCCAAGAAGUUUGAUUUUACACUCAGAAAUUUUAACUAUUUUAAUAAUCCAAACCUCUUAUGUUGUUUGUGUGACUAUUUAAACAUCAACUGUAAAUAUAUUUGGGUCAGGAUUAGAGCUUUUACAUUUGCAAAGGUCCUGUAGCUCGUCCGCUAUUUCUGCUCAUAUUUCCAUUUAUUUUCAUCGUGCUCGUCCCUCUACAGAGCUUAACAAACUUUCCUUCUGUCUCAUAUUUCCAUCUUCCAGCACAGCAUUAAGUCAAAUCUUCACAAGUGUUUUUGUCUUAUUUCGAGUAAUAAAAAUGUCUCAUUAAGCUUAAUUAAAUCCAAAUUUAGCUGACAACUCAAGAGAAAUGUCUCACUUUGAGAUUUAACACGCCAAAAAAUAAGACCUGAAUUGCUUGUAAUGUGUGAAACAAUAAAUCUGCAGAUGGAAUAAAAAGAAGUGCUGUCAAGUUUUUAAAUAAGACCCUGAUAUUACGAGAAAGUUGAAAAUUAGAUUUUUCUUAUUCCAGUGGCAGAUUUUUUUUUUUAUUAAUCAUUUUGAACUAAGACAUUUCUUUUGACUUGUCGUUCAAUCCCGAUAAAAUUACGUCUAAUGAGACAUUUUAACUUGAAGACUUGCUCAGAUUUUUCUUUCACCUCACCGUUUUUUCUGAGCACAAUCAGUCAAUAUCACCGCUGUGACCGAAUAACUGUAGUUGGCAGAAAUAAAAGUUAGGGAUGCACAAUGUUAUCUGUUCAGUAUCAAUAUCAGAAGAUAAAAGCUCAAACAUUAAUCAACAGAUUUGAAUCUUUCUGCUGAUAUUAUAAAGUGAUGCAUCAAAUAUGUGUCCGCUAGGGCUGCACGAAUAAACUGUAUCUGUCAUUUACGGCAGAGUCUGAGUUUGUUUUAUGUCUGUGUCUAAAACAUCAAGACUAACAGGUGAAUUUUAGUGCAGGAGACUCUUGGUGUUCAAAUGAGUUAAAAAUAAUGGAAUAAAGGUUUUAUGGUGUCCCAGCUUUGGCCUUAAUUUUUAAUAACUAUGACACACCACACUGGGAAGUGACUGGUCCUGAAACGUUGCAGCUGGUGGAUGCUGCUUUAAUCAUGGAGUCUGACUUCAGCGUUACUCAUCCUUGAUGUGACCAGGUAGCUGGCGCACAAAUUAAGAGAUCACGCUGAUAAUAAUAAGGGACAGGAAGAGUGCAGAAAGAGUAAAUGCACAUCAGAAAAGACAUCAAUUAGAGCAAGAAAAAUCAUCAAAAUGCAGAAAAUCCCGAUUUCUUCUCAGCUGUGAUGAGUUCUCUGCACUGAUUGGCUGUAAUUCAUCAAACAAAAUGAAAGAAACGGUUUAUUGACUUUUAUCAAAGACAUGAAGUCGAGGAUUCUGCUUGGACUCCAUUUCCAUCCAUUUCCAAUCACACCUCUUUAUUAUGAUCAUUAUGGUAAUGUCACAUCUAUAAGUUAGUGUGGAGAAAUGUUAUUCUUAGAGUCUAAGGUGACAUAUUUACCUAAAUCUCUGAAUUCAUAAUUACCGAAACUCGUUUUAGAAGUCAGGUGCUUCCACUUCUCAUUUUCUUUAUCGUGCACUUUGUUGUUUAAAAAGCAUUUACAGUUAAGAGUCGGAUCAUACAAAACACACAGAGUUGAUCCGUCAGCUCAGACCUCUCAGCAGCUGCUCGUCACUUCAGAGCGCCUCCGGGUUUCCUACAUAUUUCUGAAACACUCUUUUGGCACGUUUUCCUUCUCCUCAUUCAUCUGUCAGAAAACAAAAACAUGAGUCAGUCAGCUCCAGUUUGUCCUCCUUGUUGUUUUACAUUUUGGCAGCGAAUAAAAGAAGCUCAGGAUUUACAUAUCUGGGAUUGUCUUUAGGAGUGACAGGGGAUGUUCAGAGGGUUAAAGAAAGUCUCAUUAUUUGUCGUGUUUGUUGGUCCGUGGAGGUUUCAAGUCAGAAAUAUUUGAUGUCAGAUGAUAAAUGUAUAAAAGUCGUUCCUCCCUGUGCUUCUCCAUGUCUUUUAUUUAUGUUUUCUUGGAGCUGAAGGUCCUUGAAGCUCAUUAAAACUGUAAACCGGGACCAACAGGGACCUGACUGAACCUCCAGAGAUGAAGAUCAUUUGUUUUUCGAUAAACUCUUAAAUAAAGCAGAUAUUUUGUAACAGAGACAGAAGGUUAUUCUGGAGUGUUUGUUAACUUCCAGCCUACAUGCAGCAGCCUUACAUUUUGUCUCUCAUCUCCGCAGUGUUUGACGACGGCGAUGAAAAGACCCUGAGGCGUUCGUCUCUUUGCCUGAAAGGAGCGCGUCACUUCGCAGAGAGCGAGGUGAGUACCGUUCAGUCCUCCGGAUUUUACACCGCAAAGGCAGCUUUCUUUCUCUUUCGUUUAGUUAUUUAUUGGCACUGUCACAUCUUCACUCGCAGUGCCGGAAUUAAAAACUCCUCCCAUGUUGGCAUUUAGAAGUUCAGCUGUAAUUUAUUUCCAGCCAACGCCGACUCAUAUCACAGCACAGUUGUUAAGAAUCUGUCAGAGGCUGUUGGUAAAUCCUUCCAUUUGUUCUGAUAACAUCCCGGGAGGAGAAUUUCUUCCAGAUAUCGAUGAUAAAUCCUGAGAAGAUGACUCUGAGUCCGUUUUUUUGUCAUCUCUGCAGACACUCGACAGACUCCCUCUCACCAACCCUGAGCACUUUGGCACACCUGUCAUCGGCAAGAAGGGCAACCGCGGCCGACGAUCAAACCCAAUGUGAGUAUCAUCUCUGUCUCUGAGACGUCUCUGCUCUUGUCAAAGUAGAGGAGAGAGAUGUUUCUGCACCAGUCAGGGCUGGGAGUUAAAAACAUCUGAACACAGGAACAUAAGAAACAUGAAAAAAACGUAGACGCACCAUCACCAAAAAAAAAAACAGAUUGAAAUUGAACUAAAUGAUGUGUCUAAGCUGACCCCGUCUGCAGCAGUAGACGGCCUCGCCUACAUCCUGGUUUUCCAGCCAUGGAUCCCCUUGUGGAUGAUACACUUCCUGACUGUUGACCUCAUUCAACCCCACCUUAAAAAUAAUAAAAAUAAAGAACCAUCCCUUUAUGACCUUUUCCAGCUAUGUGAUAGAAAGGAGGAUUUACCCUCUAUGCUGCCUGUUACACUCAGAGCACUGAACCGUACUUAGACUGCAGUUUUAGACACUUAAACACCAUAUAAUUAACAUUAAUGAUGACCUGUGAGCCAGGCUAAUCUUAUAAAAGAGAUCCCAAAUGAAAUAGUUUUCACAUCCUGUUAAAUGAAAGACCUCAGGUCAAAGAAAUACAGAACAGAAAUUGAAAAAGUGAACUAUUUUCCACUCUUCAAAAGUUACACUGAGUUUCCAGCCCGAUGUAAUGUGUCCCGAUUUAGUCCCUAAAACUCCUUCAUGUGUACGAUAGCUGUUAUCAUCCUCACUGCUAACCUCAUCUCGCCGCACAGCUUUCGUUACCUCUCAAAUCUUCCCUGUAUGUGAGUUGAUUCUUAAUGGGAAGUUAUAGUAAAUAUACUGGUUUUAAAUUCGGGUGAAUAUAUUCUGAAUUCCCGGAGUCACGAAGUCGUGCGUAGUAAAUUUUGAGAGUUUUUCAGGUCAGGUCGGCUGUUUUGAACGCUUCUAACUCAGUAUGUCCACGCGACACAAACUCAAAACUUGCAUACAAAACCGCCAACAUUUGAAGGAUUUAAAAACUCCCCCGGACAGUCAGACAAGGCCGGACAGCCCCCAAAACAGAGGACAUGUCCGGGUAAAAGAGGACGUAUGGUCACCCUAUUUAAAUAUCUUUAUCUUAAGGUCACCUGUGUUAAUAAUGGCGCCCCCUCUGGACAAAAUGCCACUUCCAGCUCUUUGCUCACCUUCUCACUUCGAUCAUUAGUUUCUGUUUUCUGUUUUUGAACUGUGUGUGUGUGAGUAUUUGCUAAACUGAGCCACUCCUACUCCUGUGUGCAGUCACUCACCUCAUCUGACACCGACCUGUUUGGCAGCAGCUACAAACAUUUAAAGUAUUUAUAGGAAGAAUCGACCACAACACUGCCGUUCUUAUUGGUAGGUCUUGUAGGUCACGUGUAGGAGCGUUAGUAUUGAUUUCUUUAUGUUCAAUAACCAGGUAUAAGCGCUGAUCACAGUCUUAAAGAUUUGUGAUGAAUUACUUGAGCACAUCUCACACAUAUAAAUAACUCGGGUGUCUUUGGGGCUUCUUUUUAAGGCUGAGUAGUCUGUAAACAGGCAGCAUUUCAGAUGAUGCGUCUUAAUAGAGAGUAAUAAUAAUCAGGGUAGAAAAAUGGAUCCUGUGUCUGCCGUAGUGCCUCAACAGCACAAAUCAGCCGUCGUUAGCAGCAGCAGCAGCAGCUCCCUGUUCUCAGCAGUUUAAAUGUACGAUUUACUCUCAUCUGCAUCUCCUCACAAACAGCCCCCGAUGUCUGAAAGAGGAGAACCCACUCACCUCCUCCUCCGCCUCCGUCUUAAUCAGGCUGCGCUCCUGUGCGCUCAUGAAUCCUGAAAACGCCGUGUGAGCGCGCGCUUUAGUCGUCUUUGUGUUUUUUUUCCCUGCUUUGACUGAAACGCUCCAGCGGGUGUUUUGUUUUUCCUCAUGUGCCCACUCUCGGGACGCCGCAGAGUUUACAUCAGGGAAUACGAUCUGCUCAGGGCUUUUUGGCGCUGGAUAUAAUCAGGGCUCCUCCGUUAUAUAGAGGACACUCUGCUCCAUAAUCUCAUUUUCAGACACCCCCUCGCUAAUGGCACUCAGAGAAAAGUCAAUAUUACUCCAAACAUUGAUGCAAUAUUGACUUGGACUAGUCCCAGCUGCGCAUUAGCACCUUGGACCUGUUGUCUUCUUUUGCACUGAUACUGUCUUACCCCCUUACAAGGGUUGACAGAAAUGACUGUGCAGCAGCUUUCCCUUCACGUCUCCUCUAUUUAAAGAGUUUUUUUCUUCUUUUUGACUUGAUGUGGAUGUAGAAGUUUUUGGAAUUGUAAUUCAGAGAGGUUAAAUUUAAUCUUUUUCAUAUAUUUUUCAGGUAAAGUGAAAUAUUUCAACCCCUUAUUUCUUCUUGAGAAUCUGAAAUCUCAUCUCAGAUUAUUUCAAUAUUUCCUUCGGAUCUUAAAAGCAGAUAAUGUCCAAUAUAAGUUAAGUUCAUGUGUACACUCACUGCAUGUUUUAGGGCUCUUUAAAGAUGCAAUGGAGGCAAAUCACCUGUGGCACCACUGAGGUGUUACUGAAGCCCUGUUGCUUCGAUAGUCGCCUUUGGGUGGUCUGUAUUAUUCGGUUCUCAACAAUAACCUGCGGUUUUUCAGAGGGAUUAAGUUCAGGUUACCAGCCAAUCAAGCCCUCAAAAAUUUAUGUAUUUCAUUUAAAUCCUCAGUAAACACAUGAUAUAUAUUUUCACCCCGCCAUCAGCCCAAAAAUUAGUCGAUUUUUGGUGAUUUUUCAGGGUUUAAAUUUUUCAGUCCAAGAAUUUCUUUUGCUGAUUACAGACCUAGUUUUAGCUAUCUUCCCCUGUUUCCUGUCUUUGUGCUACGCUAAGUGUCAGCUGGCUCUAGCUUGUUAUUUAGCAUACAGGCGUUAAAGUGCGAUUGUUUUCUGAUUGAAAGCAAACACCUGUAUUAAACUAAAUGUGAACCUAUUCCCCGUCUAAUGGUCACUUUAUGUGUUAUAAACUCUCUCCUCCUGCAUGAGCUGCAGUCUUUCCUCCAGCAGGUGUCUGAAUAAAUGUUUUGUUUAUGACUUUGAUUCACAGCUUAUUUGUUUUUGUUGUUACUGUAGUUGUAGUAGCAGCAGCCGGGCUGAUUUACUGCUCUUCAGUCGUGCCAAAGAGUGUGUGAGCAAGACUUUAUGUACAUAUACACACACACACGCAGCAGACACACACACACACACAAACACAGUGUGUAGUGAGGCAUAAAAAAGGACACAGGAUCUGUUUUCCUGCUGCUGCUGUGUACAUGAUCACUCGGAGUCACGGCUGCAGUCAGGGCGUCAUCCUGAGUGUGGGGAUGACUGUCAGACAGCAGCAGACUGAGCCGGCUCGUCGAUACACUGAUCCUAACGAGUGAGCUCAUCAGUGGAGCGGCCCACAUGUUGGACUGUGUUACAUAAAGAUAAGCAGAACAUUUCUGCAGGAGUUUCUGGUUCUGUGGGCUGUGAGUCGGGGACUUUUGGAUCUUUUUACUGCUGAAAAAUCCUUAAACAAGAUCAUUUAAGCUCUCAAAAAUUUCCCCGAUUUUUCUUUGCGUUGGACACUAGAGGCAUCCUCUUCAAGGUGUUGAUCUACCUUGCAGGUUCACAUCCAAAUGUCUGUGCUGGUUAUACAUUCCUCUGGUUUAUCAGACUUUGUCUUCAUUUUUCAAAUCAAAAUACUAACACACCUACACGGAGGCACCUCUCACCUGUGCUUGUUUACAUCCAGGUAGUAGAGCAUUAUAGUAAAUGUUAAUCACAGCUGCAGUCCCAACAAGUGGCAGCAGUUUAGGCACAGCAUAUGACUAAUGAGAUGACAUAUGAGAUUUGGAGCAAUUUGGUCAUAAAAAUUUGAGUUUCGAACUAUAAGGUGCUCUAAAAAUCCUUAAAUUUUCUCAAAAAUUUGCAGUGCGUCUUAUAAUCCAGCGUGCCUGAUGUAUGAUUACUUGUUGUGCUUACUGACCAAUUUUAUGUGGUAAAAAUCAAAAAUAUGUUGAAAUGUGUAAUUACGACUUUGGUCAACCACGAAGUCGCUCUGCUUAAUGGAUAUUUGGAGAAUUAUGGUAUGCUGUGUCGCUACCUGCCCCGAAACUGGACCCCUGAGCAGUCUACAAGACUGUCUGACUGUAAUGUCUAAACUAGAAGUGUAUUUAUGUAAGGUAGUCAGUGCCCGGAGUAUAGGCUAGCAACAACAAAACAAUCUAUGCCUGAUGCGCCUUAUGUGUGAACAUAGACACGUUAAUUCAGUGCGCCUUAUACCCUGAAAAAUACUAUAAUUGAUCACCUUCAUUUCUUUAGUUGUGUAUUUAAUCGUCUGAUUUUAACCUGAUCUGAGUGUCCAGAAAAACAGUCAUGAAGUCAAACACACUGACUGUUUCUGCAGCCUGUUGAAUAAUCUCUUCUCUGUUCAUUUCCACAGUCAAGAAGAAGAGCUGUCGUCAUCCUCCAGCGAGGAAGAGGAGAGCGAUCAGCGGCAGAAUGAGGACCUGUUCGGCAAAGUGGUCUGUGUGGAGGGGGUCGUCACCGGGGACAAGAAGAAAACCACGUGGUAUCCUGCUCUGGUGAGAUCAUCGCCCCCCUUUCACUCGCUGCUCUCUGCUGCAUCACAGGGACCGGUUUCAGAUCUCUCACAGCACAGGAACAUUUCAUCCACAUGCCUGAUUGUGUAACCUCGGCAGGGUCUCUUUAUCAGCCGUGAAACGCACAUAGUUUUGAGAGAAAUACAGGAUGAACUUCUGAUUUCUUAUUUAGAGAGGAAAAAAAAUAAAGAUGACGUCUGUCUCCUGAUGUGUGCAACAAUUGAGCAUGCUUUCUUUGAGUCAUUUCAAAUCUAUUUCUUCCCUCCCACCCAAACUCAGAGCCACUGUUCACUCACAAUGACUCCAUGACAGGCGGCGUUUGUUUAUGUAAGUGUUACAAGCGUAGCUGGGAGAAUGGGAGCGGGUGGAGGCGAGCUGUCCCUUUAAACGUGUAGUCAGCAGGGCCCCACCUCCAGGGUUUGUUGUUCUUGGCUGUAUCCUGCCUGAGCUCCAUGCUGCCUCCCUGUGACGGCAGAGGAAAGUGCAGCACACACAGCAGCAGCCUGAUCGUGUUUACACUCUGAGCGUAUGGCAGAGGGGUGGAGCAGUGCACUUGUAAACGUCUCAUGCUCAGAUGAUGCAUGAGUUUAGCAAACCGGUGUGACAAAGCGGCUCGGCGGAGGCAAAGUCAGGGCUGCAUGGGAGAGAGCUGGGAGCUUAAUUUGCAGGUUUGCAGAGCGGCGUAUGCGUCAGAGAGGGAAACACAGCAAAAGUGAGUCACUGACAGUGUUUAUGUGAGAGCAUCCUCCCUGUAAGUGUGUGUACGGCCCCGUCCCAAUCUCCACCCUCCAUCCUGAGCGCUGAAACAACUUCUACUCUCGCCGCACUGCUCCAGUAAGCAGCUGCAGCUCGCCCCACGCAUCGCUCUUCAUCUCACUGGCUGGUUUGUCUUUGUUUCACAGAGAGCAUAUAGAGUAAUCCAUCAGUAUGGCCUUUAGCUCAAACUACUUUAUUACUCUGACACCACCCCUUAAGCUUUACUACAUAAACACACACAGAGGAACACCUCGCCUGACCUCUCCUCUGUCUCGUUUCUCCACUUUAAGGUCAUCUCCCCGGACUGCCAUGAAGACGUGACGAUGAAGAAGGACAACAUCUUCGUCCGCUCUUUCAAAGACGGAAAAUUGUGAGUUAUUUCUGUUAUUAAUCUGCUUGAAAACACAUUUUGUUUGAGUGAAUCUGUCAGGAAAAAAACUCACCUCACAAAAACAGAAGCGAUCUUUUCAGAAGCUGUUUCACCCAAAUGACCAACAUUAAAACCGGAUAAAUCAUCCGAGCUGUUGUGGAUUAAUUCUCCCAGUCAAUUAAUCAACUAAUCAAUUAGUGCUCGUGUUUAACAAUCCCAUCAGGAGUCCUGAAUGAGUCUUUAAACAGGGUGUUAAUGUUGUGAAAGAAAGCGCUCCCACCCUUUUUUUCUUUGUUUUAAUACUUUUUCGUUUACUGAACUCCCCGUUAAUGAAAAAUCUUUGUAUUUGGAGACUCUCUGUCAGGUUUUAUUUAUGUCUUUGUUGGAAACAUGAAGGAAAUUGUUCUUUUAUUGUUUAAAAGUGCCUCUAAAAUGGAAAUUCAGACUGAUACAGCUUCACCGAGGGAACUGAAAUAACUUAUUUAUUUUUUAUAAAAUUUAGUCACAGAAACUCCCUGAAACAAUUUAACAAAGAUGUCUUAAAAAGAUGUUUGAUUUAUGACAUUUAAUUUUUUAAUAUACGAGAUAAGAUGAGAGAAGAAAGAAGAUCCAAAAAUACCUGCAACACAAACGAGCAUCAAAAAUAUAUAAUAUAUAAAACAGGUAAAGACAGCUGAGACAUGCUGGUUCAGAGGAUCAGGCCCUUCUGUGCCUCUGACUAUCUACUUUUGUGGAUCUCAAGGCUGUUUGGACCCAGAUCACAUCAGCUCUAGUUUCAGGCUUUGCCCUCAUAACCUGCAUCAGCUCUUCAGAGGGAGAUAAAACCUCGACCUCCUUCUCCAUCAGUGCUGUUAUCAGUGAAGCUGGGGGAGCGCCGCUGAAUGUUUACUCUUCAGAUGUCGUUUUAAAUCAGUGAUAUUGAACUCAGAUCCUCUGUUACUGUCUCACAGAUUGUUUUCACCUCCUGGUUCAAACUGUUGACAGUUUAAUGCUGAUCUUAAAUCUGUCAGAACUAGGAUCCCUCAGUUAUGUUUUUGAUAUGCAUGUUAGGGAGGUUUCUCAGGCUUUUAAGGACACUCAGGGAACUACAGUUUGUGCACUUAUCCAGCGACUUCAUUCUGAAACAUCAGAGGCCGCUGCUUGAGCAAAAAUCCAUUUUUACACUGAGUGAUACUGAAUUAAUAAAAUUUGCUCUUCGUGCAGGAAUAAUGUUUUGAGAAUUGCAGCAAACGGCUUUAAUUCCUGAGAAUGAAUUUAAGAUAGAGAAGAGAGUUGAUGUUCAUUUUUCUAGACCUGAUUGAGGUUUUCUUUCUGUUAGAAACUUCUCAUGUAGUUCAAAGUUUUGAGUCCAGACCUCAAUGGCUCUUUUGUUCGUCUCUUUAGGUUCAUAUUUAUAAGAAAUUCAGAACCACUUCUAAAAAGUGGUAACAUUUUCAUAUUGUGUAACCUCCUAACAAGGCUUCAGACGCUCUCUUCCUCCCCUUUAAGUCCCUUGCUGUGAAGUUUUAUUUUUCCAAAGUCUGUAAGUUUCUGGUGGGUUGAAGUUUUGUGGCUCCCCUGCAGUCUGCCCUCGGUGUUUGUCAGAGGCAAAGAGAGGAAUAAGUCCUGUCAGGAGCCGCCGCACUAAGCUCCUGGUUUGCAGCUGUAGGCUCUGUGUGUGUCUCAAGUGUGUGUGGAGGAACAAAUCCCACUCUCCACAGAAAUGAAACUGGUGUUUGCUGCCAUUCAAAGACUCCCGUAAUCACAAAACAGCCUUGAGUCCACGAAGCUGAAUAGACACCCCGCCGACAGUCUUAAUCUGGAGCUGGAGACGUACUUCCAUCAAGAUAAGAGUGAAAAGUGUCUUUUAAUGCUUUUAUUCUGACUAAAGGAGGGUGGACGGCUUUUGUUGCACAUUAAGUCUGAGGCGGUUUUGUUUUCUGUUCUGCACUCAUCAGCGAAACGAGUCAAUCAGGAAAACUCACAUCAUGUUCAAGUUUCAGUUUGAGUCUUUUGCUUUCACACAGAGGGACUAACAAAGAAAAAGAGCGCUCAUCUGUUACACCGUACAAAGCUCGGUUUGUGCAGUGAUUUUUCAUUUGCACAUGAAUCGGCGGCAGCUCCACACUUGUGUGCGUUUGGAAAAAUAAUAGGACAGCUGUGAUACUUCUGCACCGUUUCCUUUUUUUUUUCAUCUGCUUCUUCAUUCUUUCACACACGCUCCAUUUGUCCGUGUUUAUUAUUGCAGGUUUUUAUCAUCCGUGUCAGCCUCUCUUCCUCUAUUAUGGCCCAGUUAUUCCAACGUGCCGCUCCCUCUGUGAUCUGUUUAUGAAUACGGGGUCACAUCCAGAAGCCAUGUGACCUCUCUCUGGCUCUGCGGCGGGGUCAGCGUGUUCGUUUUCCUCUGGAGAGUUUGGUAUUGUUAGCGAUAACCAUUCAGCGGGCCGCUUCAAAAACAAUGGCUUUGGAAAGCAGGUUCACGUCCAGCAGGGAGACAGGAGUUUUCAGGAAGUGGUUACUCUGAUUUAGCCAGAUCUGGUUACUGUAGUAACAAUGGAAACAGAGGCGUUUAUUAUUUCUAGGCUGGCUGGCUCACAAAGGGGUCUGCGGUGUUGACGUGCUUAAAAAGUGCUCUUAAAUCACCGUGUUUGUUUUGAACUUUCAAAAACUCACCAUGAAAAUAAAGUGGCGAUCUUAUUUAUUCGACCGAGGGAAAACACGCGGUGUCACGAACCGACAUAAAACUGUGUAACCUCAUUUAGGAGCUUAUUCAUGCUGGUGUGUUGAAGAAUUAGCUAGUGGAGCAUUUUUAUCUUUAGAGACAUAAAAAUCACAAUAAACCUGCUGUAGCUUCAUCCCUCUCUCUCUCUGUCUCGAGUGUUUGCCUGUACUCAUGCUGUGCAGCAGUCCUGUAGUCUUUUUUCUGCGCUGUAAAGUUUUCUUACUAGAACUGGAAUCAACUAAAUGAAUUCUUGAUCGACUAAAACCCUAAAAUUUUCGAUCUACGAUGCGGCUCGGCGGGGUGCACAUAUACUUAUAUCAACACAAGCAGGCGGUUAAACGCAAAAGGCAAGUUAGGAAGCAAAAAGAAAUGUUCGGCAAACCACCGGAUGUUGAUUAAUUUAGACGCUUGUCAACCUUCCUGUCUCCUGCCAGUCUCGGCCGAAUCCAAAAUGGUGAAAACAAGAUGGGUGUACCGAGGCAGGCUGUUACCAUAAACUGUAUAUAGAAUGGACGCCGUCUGCCUCCUCGCUGGGUAAAGCCACUCCGAGAACAGCACCCUCUGUUGGCAGGCUGCAGUAUAGGUCAUAAAUCCUGCCUCCACCAGCAAUCCCUAUGGAGCUGUGGACAAACUUUGGAAAUAACAAACGAGUAAUUCAGCUGUCAGCUAUCACCAAUCAGAAUUACUGUGUCUGAGUGUAGUUAAAAGUGCUUGUACUAUGUUUCGUGCAAUAAAAUAACCAUUAUUGUCGGUCUACAGGGGAAAAUGUGCUCAUUGUGAAUCUGGUUUUUAUUACUGAUAGUGUUUAUAUGGCUGUUUUCACCUUUUGUUAGUCACUUAAUGACUAUUUUUGAAGGUAUAAUGUGCAGAAAUGUGAAUAUUUACUGAUAUCUGGUGCACAUAUUCCAAACUCAAACACCUUCUGCUAAUAAAGUAUAAACCUCAUAUUGUCCAGGUUUCACCAUCCGUGUGAGUCAUGAAUGGCUAACGUGUAUCACGUGGUUCUUCCACUUUUCUGCUUGAGCUGUUUUUUUUGCUUUAUAAGCAGCAGCUGGUGGUCGAGUGUGAAAACAAACAGCUUACUGUCUGAUCUGGAUUUGUCUCAAACACACCCCAAAAUUUUGAGUCUCAAAGAAGAUCAAAUGUUUUGUCUUCAUACUUCAUUUGACAUCAAACAAAAAAGGAUCACUGGCCCAGGCACCCCAUGAAUAUAGAGCUCAAAGUCUUUGUUGUAGUGGCUGCUGGUUCGAUUCCUGGCUGAAAGUGUAACAAAAACAGGUGUAUGGUGAUUCUUUUUGUAGUUUAGCAGGUCCAAAAAAACAGAUGACUUAUAAAUCAGUUAAAUUAACUAGAUCUGUAUUACACUGCAAGAGAAAUGUUAUAAAUAUCAGCACUAAUGUUAUUGUUGGCUGAAUUAACUACUGUGUCCACACCUCAGAGCUGCCACAGUGGAUGUUAACUCUUCUUCUGGUAUUUGAGAUGAUCUCAUUUUUAGUCAUUUUUGCACAUUUGUGUCUUUUCUCAUCUUCAAACCAGAUAAUUAAAAAAAGAGAGAUCAUCCUCAGGAGAUAUUUCAAACCGCAGGUGUCAGUUUUCCUCUGAGCUCUGUCUUUUUUGAUUUGCUCCAUGACAAAUGUAUGAUUGGAUCGGCUCAGCUGUCUGCAGAUACCACAGCAAAUCGUCUCUCUGUCACACUCUCCAAACCCCUGACUGCUUUCAUUUUACAAGCUCCACUGAUCCAUCUAUCUGCCAAAGCACUUACACUCUGCCCAGCUGCUGCAGAGAUGUUCACUCCCUUCAGUCAUGUCUGCUCUGGGUUUUUUUUUUUUUUUUUUUACCGGUUGUUGCUGUUGCUGGAAGCUCAACUCUUUCAUUCCCCCUGCCUGUGUUUUGAUGCCAGCUGAACCUUUGUGUAACAACACUUGAUGCCACCUGUGUACAGGUAUUAAUCAGAGGUCCUCUGUUUUACAGCUACACGGUGCUGAGGAAGGAUGUCCGAGAGAUUAACAGUGAAUGUCCUCCAAAAGCCGACGCAGGGCUCAAACCAGGUGAGUUCAGUGAAAAGACUAUGGUGACAUGGAAAUUUUACAAUGUGUGAUUCAUUUACAUUAAUUCCGUUAUAACCAGUGUUAGGCACAUUACUUUUAAAAAGUAAUUAGUUAUAGUUACUAAUUACUUCUCCCAAAAAUUAACUAAGUUAUUAACUAAAUUACUCCACUUUAAAGUAACUAGUUUGCUGGAAAAGUAACUAUCAUAUUGUACUGUAUCGUAUUGUUUGUAUCGUAUCCUGUCGUUUCGUAUCCUAUCGUAUUGUAUUGUAUCGUAUCGUAUCGUAUUGUAUUGUAUUGUAUCCUAUUGUUUCUGAUCGUAUCCUGUCAUUUCGAAUCAUAUCGUAUUGUAUUGUAUCGUAUCGUAUCGUAUCUUAUUGUAUGGUAUCGUAUCCUAUCGUAUUGUAUCAUACCGUAUCGUAUCCCAUCGAAUCCUAUUGUAUCAUAUCGUAUUGUAUCGUAUCUUAUUGUUUCGUAUCAUAUCCUGUCGUUUCGUAUAGUAUUGUAAUUUAUUGUAUCGUAUCAUAAUGUAUUGUAUCAUAUUGAAUCGUAUCGUUGCCUGUAGUUUCUUAUCAUAUUGUAUUGUAUAGUUUCGUAUCCUAUUGUUUCGUAUCCCGUUGUAUCCUAUCAUAUUGUAUCGCAUCGUACUGUAUCAUAUCCCAUCGAAUCUUAUUGCAUCAGAUUGUCUUGUAUCAUAUUGUAUCGUAUCUUGUGGUUUCGUAACAUAUUGUAUUGUAUUGUAUCGUAUUGUAUAGUAUUGAAUCAUUUAGUAGCCUGUUGUUUCGUAUCACAUUUUAUUGUAUAGUUUUGUAUCCUAUCAUAUCGUUUCACAUCGUAUCCUCUCGUAUUAUGUUGUAUCAUAUCGUUUCGUAUUGUAUUCCAUCCUAUUGUAUCAUAUCGUAUCGUAUCAUAUUGAAUCGUAUAGUUUCGUAUCCUGUCGUAUCGUAUCGUAUUACAGUGAAGAGUCUGCCUCUGCCUGAGGUUCCAGUUCAGUCAAAUUCAGAUUUACUUCCUCUCUCUCUCUUUCCUAAUAAAUCAAUGUAUUCUUGGACUGACUGGAACAGACUUUUCAUAGAGUGCCCUCAGUAUGUAAAAACACUGUGCUGGUCUUCCUGCUGUUACACUUGGCAGAGCGCUCUUUCUUUCUAAAGCGGGCCUCGCCGAGACAGAGCGGGGAAAUGGAAGAUUUGUUUUAGUUCAGGGGAAUUCAGAGAGCUGCUGUCACAGUCAAGUCUAUUUUCAUUUGAAGUCCUUAGCAAGUUUUUUUUUUAUAUAUAAAAAGCCCCGGCUUUUCUGCUGCAGAGCUCUCACGCUUUUAUAAUUACAGUUAGGAAGCUGCUUUGUGUUAGACCAGUCUUGGUAUUCACAGGUGGUUGACUCACAACUGUGAUAUUUUCCGCAUUACAAAAGCGUAAAACAAGCAUCUGGCAGUGUGCUUAGAUGCUGUUUAUACCCACCUGUGACACUGUGGCUGAACGCUCCUGCUGCUCUGUGUCGCUGCGAACUCUCGUGACAGACUUUCAUGCUGCUUUCUGCCGCAGCCGAUUUUCUUCAUCCUAACGUCACAAAGGCCGUUUAUACCCUCCUAUUUUUGGGUUGCGGGUCUGUCUUCAGAGUUUAGAUAGCAGAAAAGGUACUCAUGUUAUUUUCAGCUGGAUAGUUUUCAGAAAUAUACUCUUAUUUUUAGUAUUUUCCUCAGAGGUAACAGACAUCUACAGUAUACAUGCACACAGGCCUCAUCCCUUUAAAACACACAGGAGAAGGUUUCCAUCUCCAUCUGCUCAUCUCUAUUUUUACAUGGAAACAAUACAUGAUGAUUUAAACAUGAUGUUAUUCUGUGUGUUUUUCGACAGCACUGGACGCAGCCUUGGAGUUCCUGCAGCAGUUCGUCGUGCCGAGCGCCUGGAAGACAGAAGUAAAAGAAGAGAGCUCCAGCAGCGAGGAUGACGACGAGGAUGAAGAGGAGGAGCAGGAGGAGGAUGCCAGUGGCGAGGAGGAGGAGGUAGAGAAAAAUCUGGAGAAAAGUCCAAAGUCCAAAAGAAAAGGUUGAAAUAAAAAAAUCCUGAAACUUUCUUGUUUUUCUGUCUUCAGGAGGAGGUGGAGCCGUUCCCAGAGGAGCGAGAGAACUUUCUGCAGCAGCUCUACAAGUUCAUGGAAGACAGAGGUGAGAGCAGAUAAAGUCUAUACCAGGGUCUCUUUUAAACCAACUUUAACUUUAAAAACGUUAACAUUUUUAAAUCAGCUUAACUUGGCUUUUAAGGUAUCUGAAAGUUCUUUAAGCAAAGAUUUAAGUUUCUUCUGCUGCACUUAAAAAUUUAUUUGUCAGGAUUAUUCAAACACUUAUCAGAAGUUAAAUCGUCCUGAAAAAUUUGUCUCUGCAUAUUGAUAAUAAUGCUUUUAAAAUGUCUCUAAGAAGUUUUUAAUUUUAAUUUAAGACUGUAUUUCCAUUAAACUGUAAUUUUCCGAUUGUUGAAUCUGAACCUGAAUCUGUAUCUCUCCUCCUCAGGAACCCCGAUCAACAAACGGCCUGUUCUGGGCUACAGGAACCUGAACCUGUUCAAGCUCUACAGGCUGGUGCACAAACUGGGAGGCUUUGACAACGUGAGUAACACUCAAACAGCUCCUCUCUUUGUCAGCUGAUCCUGUUUUUGACGAUGACUGACUCUGGACCCGGUUUCUUCCUCAGAUUGAAAGCGGCUCCGUGUGGAAGCAGGUCUACCAGGAUCUGGGUAUCCCCAUACUGAACUCAGCCGCCGGAUACAAUGUCAAAUGUGCUUAUCGCAAGUAAGUAGAGAUGCUCCUCAAAGCCUUCAGCUCUGCAUGGAUGUUGUUUUCUUUCUGUUUGCCUGACAGGCACUUUAUCGUCUGUUCCGCUUUAUUUUCGUGGAUCCAGAUGAUCUUUGAAACUGCAGGAACAGAUUAGCUUCAAGAUUUUCAUGUUUGAUGUGAUUGUUUGUGCGUCUCUGAGAGGAGCAGCUGAGCGGCACCGUGUUGACCAAUAUGUUCUAACAUCCAGGUACUUGUACGGAUUCGAGGAGUACUGCACCUCCACCGCCAUCACCUUCAGGAUGGACCUCCCUUUGAAGCAGGGCCCAAAGGGGGAGGCGAAGUCUGAGGUGGAGGCGGGAGGAACAGCUGCAACAUCCUCCACUUCUGAAGAGCAGAAACCCCAAGAGGACGGAGAACCUUGUAGCGCACCGUCUGUUGUCUGCAAGGUGCUUUCUCGUUUGAUACCGUCCGGUUAAAUUGUCUUACUGCCCUGUAAAAUAUUCUGUUUUAUUUCUCUAGAAAUUCUUAUCUGAUUUACUAAAAUUAUUUCGUCCUUCUCCAGGAGGAGAAACCUGACCUGAACCGAAACAAAACAGAGCCAGAACCAUCGCAGACGGAGGGGAAGGAGAGCGGAAACGAGGAAGAAGACAAGGAAGACUCGCUGCUCAAGGCUGACGCGGACGAGGGCUCGUCGACAGCUCGCCUCGGAGCGGACAUCGUGAAGCAGGAGUGCGACGAGGAACAGGAGAGCAAGGACAACUCUGGGUAGGUGGUCUGAAAGGACGCUCCCUCCACCAGGGCAGUAAAACAACAAAAAUCUCCUCAUGGCACAAACGCAAGCUCCCUGCAGGGCUCCUGCACUGCAUCAAAAACUCAAUCUGACCCAAAGAUGAUCCAAAGCUCUAAAGUCCAAAACCAGCCGAGGAAUUCACUUUCCUCAGUGGCAGUAAAACCUCAAUGACCCCCCCCCGACCUUAAUGACACUAAUUCCCAGUUUACCCACAAUCCCCCUCAACCUGCUAACCAGAGAGAGGAAGGCUCUCCUCUCUCUCUCCUCUAACUAAGCUCUUACCCACUGCCCUCUGUGCUAUUAUUAUUUCUCUCGGCUUAGUCGGCAUCAGCUGGCAGAGACAUCUUAGAGCACCAAGCCUGACUGCUACUGUUCACCUGGCAUGUCACGCUGUGCUCUCUCUCCCUCUCUCUCUCUCUCUCUCUCUCCCUCCCUCUCUCCCUCUGUCUCUCUCUCUCUCGGUGCACAAACAUGGCUGUGCCCUUCCCCUGAUCUCUCAUCUCUAUCUCUGGCCCCCCCCUCCGUCUCUGUCUCCUCUCUCCUUUUUUCGCUUUUGAUGUUCGGCUUUAUUAAAUGUUCCAUGUGUGUGAGUGUUGUCACCGAUGCAAUAGCGCCAUAGACGCCGAAACGUGGAGCUUCAGAGGCAGCACCCUUUGAGAAGAGAGAGUGGUUUGUUCUCGGUGCUCGUGUGGUUUGGUUUGUUUGCGGUCCAGAGCAUCUGGACGGGUUCUGUCUCCUGGGCUCGGACGUGUGUUUGUUCAGACUCCAGUUUGGGACUUCGCAAUGAGGACUGGCUAGAAAAGGUCGAGGUUUACAGUUUGCAUCAUAUGUAUCCUGCCCUUUUCAUUUGUUUGUGUGAACCGUUGAACGAAACAUCUGCAUCUCCGCUUGUUCUGAAAUACUAGAUUAUGCCUUAAACAGACGCCGACGUCUCGGGAUGGUGACUCCGGGGUCGACAUCUUCUCCCUUUUCUGACCAGAACACACAUUUAACUUUGUGACUCUGAUUCUCUAAACUUCUAAACUUUUUAUACCACAAAACAAUAACAAGAGACGAAAGAAGCGAAGAAAAACAAGCUCUGAAAAAGACAACAUGUUAUUUCCUGGUCGUUUUAAAACGAUUACGCUCAUUAAAACUCUGCACAAAUAUUCAGGGAGGUUCGGUUUUUGUGUCUCUCUGCUCCGCCCUCCAUCACAGACACUAUCAGAGUUUACAUUCCCCGGUAUCGGCUGUUUAUGUUGCUGUUUUCACAUGCAGAUAAAAAUAACACUUUAGAAAAAAAAAACAUGUUGGUCUGGAUACAACAUGUUUUUUUUUUUCACUUGAAAUUCAUGUGGGAAAAAAAAGGAUCUUCUUGUUUCCAGGAUCUACUCUUAAUAAACUCGUUUACAGUUUAUGACAGAGCAGCAAAGCGUGUGAUUAUGUUUAACUAAACGCCACAUGACGCAUCCUACACUACAACACACGCAAGACAAAGAGCUGAAUGAAACCUUUGUUCCCCAGAAGAAGACGCUCUCCACCACGACGCAAGAGCAUAAAACACAUACAUGACAAAGACAAAGACAUCAACAAGACAGUGUGUAGUAAACACAAACACAUGAAUGAAGCCAUUAAACGGUUAAUAUCAGAGUGUUGCAUGGCAAUGAUGUAAAAUACCCUCUCUAUUGAAUACCUGUUAAAAAGAUGACUCUCGUACUGGCAGGAGGAGUCAGAUAAAGGUUCAGUUAGAGUUUAAUACCCACAGAAACAACAAUGAAAACAAACCUCUUUUUGGAUUUUAAACAGUUUGACACGCUUAUUAAAAAAACAAUAAAACAUUCAGAUAACUCCUGGUCCUACAUGUCUGAAAACCCCGUUAUCUAAACACCUCUGUCCUCCUUUCUCUCUCUCAGUGCAGCACUUUGGAUCGACAUAUUGACUCUCAGCUGUUGAUCAACUUGAUAGAUAAUAACCAAAAAUAUCUAAUUUGAUUAACUGGCUCCUGGCCUCGGUGUUUGUUUUGUUUUAUUUCUUGUAAAUGUAGCUAUGAGACCUGUAUAACCACUCUUAUGUCUGCGAGUCGGUCUGUUAAAAAGGAAGUAGACUUUCAGGAAAAAAAAGUCUGCGGUGACCUCUGACCCCUGUAUCAUUGCAGGCUGUCAAACACUGAUGUUCUCUGAGGUUGUACAGACGCUCAGAUUAUGUUUUCAUCUGCUGCAGACAGACUCAGAGCAGAGGACAGAGUCUCCAGGUCCUUUUAUGUUCAUCAGUCCUGACCUGUGGACGAUUGGCUAUGAGCUCCAAACCAAACCACUGCACAGUGACUGACACACUGAAAUGUCCAAAUAAGAGAAAACACAGAGAGUAGACUCUGCGGAGACACACACACACACACACUUUGUCUUGCCUCCAGGUAUCAUGAUGUUGUUCAUGUUGGGCGGUAGUGCACAGGCAUAUUAAGGCCUCCCGGCUGUGGAGGCAUAAAGACCGUGUUUCUCCAGGAUCAUCUGAGCUAAUGUGGCAGCUUCACGGAUAUAAGACGAGGCUGAAAAUACCGGAUACACUCAGAGUGCAACUGAACUGUUCUGAAAAACAGACCGACUAGUAAUUCUGAAAUCAAAUUCUUAGCGGUCAAAAAACAAGCAGAUUUAAUAAACUUCUCUGCAUGAAGGACAAAACCAGCAAAGACCAAAAAGCUAUGACUUUGUCCAAAAGGGGGCGCCAAAAGCAUCACAACCCAUACUGUAAGUUCCUCUCUGGAGCUUUGAAAUGUCGACACGGUGUCCCCAAACUUUUCUGCACCAUCCUCUACACUUCACCAAAUAUUGAACAUAUUAAAUAUUAAACUCAUCCUUUGCUCCUUUGAGGACGCACAUCCUAAAAAACAAUCCAAAAACAAAAAAUUGCAUUUUAUAAAAAAUAUAUGUAUAUGAAUAAAAAUAAAAGAAGUCGCGUUUGCAAGAAAAGCAAAUCAAACUGAAUUUUCAGUUUGUGCGGUUUCUAACUUUUUAGUGUGUGGUUAGCUUGGUUAGUGGAGAUCGUGUGACUCUUCUGAAUUCCUUGUCUCUGUUUGAGAAGUUGCAUCAUGAAAGAUUCAUCAUCAUCAUCAUCAUCAUCAUCAUCAUCAUUAUCAGCAGUAGUCUUUCAUUUACCUGGUAGUCCUGUUACAAAACAGAUCAUGCUUUAGUAGAAACUGUGAGCCUCUUUUAGGGGUACCCCUUUUACCUCCUUACCAACCUUAAGGGUAGCUCCGCCCACUUUGGGAAUCGCUGGAAUCAAGAAGAGUCAACGUGAAUAAAAACAAAAAAUGUAAUUGAAAGCAGAUUUGUGCUUUUUGGAAACAACCUCCCACGAUAAAUGCUCUUUUUUUCCAAAUAUUUAUUCGAGUUUUUAUAAAGUUGUAAAACAUUUUUAUGAUUUUCAUUCUCUUGGUUAGUUUUGAUAGUUAAGAUUAUAAAAUAAAACUUCAAUAAAAAAAUACAAGUCGUAUAAAAGAGGGGGUCUUUUUCUCAAAUGAUAAAAACAGGUAAGCACACAGAGGUCCCGAGUUAAUGAGGUGUGUUUUGAGGAACAGUGUGAUUUCCACCACUUCCAUAAUUCCUCAAACUUGAUUUUCUGAAGCUUAAGAGAGAAAAUAAUUCCUUUUAAAAAAAUAAGAAUUUCAUAAACAGUCUUAAAUAAAGGGAGGGACAGGUUCACACCAGUCUUUUGGGUUUUCAAACACCAACAACAUAAAGUUUGUCCCUAAUUAAAACACAUAAUUUUAUCAUUCAUUCAUGAAAAAGUCGAUUUUUUUAUACCUUUUCUCAGAUUAUUUCCAAAGCAGAGAUGAGUGCUCCUGAUGUUCAGCGUUUUAUUUGUUUUUUAAAGUUCAGUUUGGAGUUUGGUAACAGUUUCUGAAGUUGGCUCACUUGGCUUGUUGUUGUUGUUGAGAACCAGCCGUCAGCUGUGAGAGGGGUUGUUGUGUUGUUGUAGUUGUGCUGUUGUUGUUGAUGUUGUUGUGUUGUUGGCUGCAGACCAAAUUGGAUCUGCUCGCCUCGCUUCCUCCAGACGCUGUAGUCUCGCUUUAAGUCGCUCCGCGCUGCCUGCCAAGCCGUGCCGAGCCGUGCUUUGCCGUGCUAACCCCGCCCCUGUGGCCCCCUGUGGCUCCUGCUCCUAAACCACUUACUGCACCGCCCUCCAGCUUCGACAUCUCCUGACUGUUUCCCACUAGCUCCUCCUUGUGGCUGCUUUGUUUCUCACAGUGCGUAUGCGUCUGCGUGCGUGCUCGUGUGUGUGUGUGAGUGUGUGUGGAUGAGAACCCCACGUAUGUUGUGGUGCGUGGACGUAGGGUUAGCCAGCCUAACAGUAGAGUUAAUUCCCAUGCAAGGUGAUUGAUUUUUGCCAUGAAAGACUGAUGUUUUAUUUCCUGACACACUCCAUGUUCUGUUCUGUGAUUCAGUUUGCAGUCUGCUGUGGGUUUUUUCAGUGGAAGAGAGUUAAAAGAGAGAGUGGGGAGCUAAUGUUUCUGUUUAGGUCAGGGUUUAGCGCUGUAGCGGGACAGGUGGAGCAGAUUGAUUAGAAAACAGGCAGGCAGAGAGACGGGUGUGGGUGCGGGCGGGUGUGGGUGGGGGUUUUGUGGGGCAGCCUAGGGCCAGGAAGUGCUGAACUGUUUUUCUUGCAGGGAUGACAGCAGUCAGGAAGGUCAGGAAGGGGAGGAGUUUGAGUGUUACCCCCCGGGGAUGAAGGUGCAGGUGAGGUAUGGGCGAGGCCGCAAUCUGAAGACGUACGAGGCCACUGUGAAAGAGGCAGACGUGGAGGGGGGAGAGGUGCUCUACCUGGUGCACUACUGUGGCUGGAACGUCAGGUAAGACAGGACCUGGGGAGAAAUCACCUACAACUCUAUUCACCCUGAAAAAAAAACAAAAACAGACAUAUCUCUCUUUCAAAGGAUCACCUCUACACAGGUGUCCUGCAGCAGAAACAGAUAACAUCCCCACCUCACAAUUCUGCUUCAGUCAGUGCUUUGAUUACGGAGAACACUGCGCCAUCUAGUGGCGGAAACAGAAUUGAGUAUUGAGGUUGAUGUGGAUCAGUCCUCGGCCUCCACGCUUUGAAUCCCCUGUCUGUCUGUCCCCCAAACUGUCUGUCUCUGAACCAACUCCACAGACAGGCUCGAUUUGAACAGAACGACUUUUCCAAAUCUACAACCUCAGCUCCAAAAGAGUCAGGAGAGCAGAUUCUGAUGGUUUGAAAAGCAUUUUAAACAAACAGCUGAUCGAAAAGAGAGCAAAGAAAUGUUGAAACUGAAAAACGUUCUUGAUCGAGGAAAAAUUUGUGCUCAUUUUAAACACCAACAAACUCCUGUGACAGUGAGGUGAGGUUCAUGAGGAGGUGUGUCAGAAAGAUGAUGGUUCUUAGCGUAGAACUGCAAAGUUAAAAGAUUUCAAAGACCCUGAGAAUUUUAGUUUUUUUUAGGUGACAGUAUUUAAAAAGAGAAUAGAUAUGACUCUGUAGUGAAAAUCACCGCAUGAGUUAAAAAAAAUACAUCUAAAACCGUUGUCUAUAAACAGAAUUAAAUUAUAGACGUCUAUGUCCUUACUGUGAAGGCUCCAAUAAUGCUGAACAAUAGCUCCAGGUUUAGGAGCAUCAGGACUCUGUAGUUGGAGUCACCACAUGGGGUUAAAGGGAUAAUCCGGCGUAAAAUCAAACAUACUGUAACAUCGAGUUAGACACUCCCUCAAGAGAUGAAUGUUGCCGACUGCUUGCUUCUCUGGUUAUACCAACUUUGGUAACGACCGCAGGAUAGUAAUACACAGUGGUCUGAGGAGCCAUAAACAAACCUCAACCAAAACGCCACUCUAUAGCCACAAAUAAUGCUCAGAACAGCACCUAACUUCAUCAACAGUACAUAUAGGGUCCCAGCCAUAGUACUAGACACCAAACAUCUUUUUAACUUUGACUAAUUUCUUUAACAAAGAGACUAAACACAACUCACCUACUCUCUUCCAGCAGCCACUUGUUUGUAGUGAGACCUUGGGCCAGUCCAUUACGGACUACAGGGGAGUUUCACAGCUCAAGGAAGAACAUUUAUGGAAAUGCAAUCAGACAAAAUGAUUAAUAUGAUGAUUAUUACUUCAAGGAAAUUAUAAAGAAAUGAUCAUAAAUGUUCUUCCUUGAGCUGUGUCACCCCGCUGUAGUCUGUAAUGAACUGGCCUGAGGUCUCACUACAAACAAGCAGCUGCUGGAAGAGAGUAGGUGAGUUGUGUUUAGUCUCUUUGCUUUUGAUGUUUGGUGUCUAGUACUAUGGCUGGGACCCUAUAUGUACUGUUGAUGAAGUUAGGUGCUGUUCUGAGAGCAUUGUUUGUGGCUAUAGAGCAGCGUUUUGGUUGAGCGCGUGACUCUCUGUAUUUCUAUCGUGCGGUCGUUACUAAAGUUGGUAUAACUAGAGAAGCGAGCGGUCGGCAACAUUCAUCUCUGGAGGCGGUGUCUAACUCGGUGUUACGGUGUGUUUGACCCUAAAUUAAUUUUACGGAAUAUCCCUUUAAUAUCGCUGGAACUGUCCUGAGGUCUGAUGAAUCAAAACACUCUUUUUUGCAAGUAAGUCCAGUUGUCCUUCCAACGAAGAGCUGGAAAUCAUAGAUGCUGCAUCCUCAGUACCACAUUCUGACAACAGGAAUUAUAACAGCAUUUAAUCUGAGCACAUAAUUUUUCUUAAACGAUCAAAUUCGACAGUUUCUCCAUUUUCUUUCUUUGCUGAUAAAAAAUUGAACAAACUCAGAGUCUGUUUUCAUCCCCGUGUUACCCGGGUGUUUUGGAGUCGAGGUUGUCCGCUACGACACUUUGAAGUGAGCUAACUUUGUGAUCUCUGAAAGGCCAAACUUAAAAACACUCACCUCUACCUCUCAACCCCCUCCCCCUCUCUCCCCUCCCCAGCGGGUCAGGGUUAAAGCUGUGCUAACUUAGAGUGUUAGGGUACCAUGACACGGAGGUUAACUAGUGCAAAACCAGCAUCUCAUUGUCUCAAUGUCGUCGUGUGGUCCUCUAGCACUCUACCUCUAAAGACAGUGGGAUGUUCUCUGCAUUGUGUCUGUCGUCGUCGUCGUCGUCGUGUGCGAUGUCGUGAAACUUUUUCAUUUCUCCUCAUACGACCCAAAGUAGCUCCCUUGGUACUGUUGGAACUGUGUGGAACAUGAUGUGUGUGGUGCUCGGUGUAAAUAUUCUUUCUUUCUUCAUUGUAAAGGUUUGUCUUUUUCCACAUAACACCAUGGGAUAUCUCUUCCUUUGCUGUUAAGGCGUUUUGUGUCACAGCAGCAUGUCGGGGUCAGACUGUAGAGGUGUCUGUCUGUCUGUCCGUCUGUCCGUCUGUGUGGUGGGUGGUGUGAGAGGAUUAUCUGAGCUCUCUUCACAGGUCUGAGUAAUCAAACUCGCUCUUUCUCUGUAUUCUGAUUUUCUUCUAGAUACGACGAGUGGAUCAAAGCCGACAAGAUUGUGCGCCCGGCCAAUAAGAAUGUACCAAAAAUAAAGCACCGCAAAAAAAUAAAGGUACGAGAUCCGCAGAGCGCCGACUUCUUCUCACCUGGUUUGGUUUCUCGGUGUAAAUCUCUAACCGUGUCGCUUCCCCCAACAGAACAAAGCAGAGAGGGAAAGAGACCGGCUGGAGAGGCUCAACGACAGGGACGUCCUCGGCCCGCCUAACCGGCUCCCACGCUCCAAAUGCGGCCUGAGUCAGGAUGUGUUUUCCAAGAUGGACGAGGGUGAGGACAAAGGGACUCAGCAGUCUCCAGUCAAGUCUAUAGAAAUUACUUCUAUCCUCAAUGGCCUGCAAGGUAGCAACACUCAUUAGCUCGUAGCAUUUAAAUGAACACUUACAGCAGAUCAGGAACUGUUUGACUCUGAAAUACUUGAAAUACAAUCCCCGUCCAAAAGAGUUCUGGGAAAUCUCGGACAGAUUCUGAUGGUUUGCAAAUCAGUUAAACACUAAAUUUAAUCCAGAAUGGUUACCUGUGUCUUUUAGAGAAGAUUUUAGAGUAGAGCAGGUUCUUAUUAGUUUUUAAAGCUCUUAACGGUCUUGGUCCUUCUUAUUUGUCUGAUUUGCUUUUACCGUAUGAGUCUAGUAGAGCCCUCAGGUCUUCAGGUGGUGGUCUUUUAUUGUUCCCAAAGUAAAAACUAAAGCAUACGGUGAAUCAUCGUUCCAAUAUUACUGUCCCCAUUUGUGGAACUAGCCUGGCUGGGCCAUCCUGUUGCGUGAAUCACUUGGAAUCACUCUGCUCAAAUGGAAUGAAGUCACUUCCAUCCUGAAAUUGGCCCAGGGGUGCCAAUUUUCACCAGAGGUGCGUCUCAAGCCCAGGAGGAUCCCAUUAAAUUUUGGUGGUGAUCCGGACAAAAUCGCUGCUCCUCCAUGUUGAGAGGAGUCAGCUGAGGUGGCCCGGGCAUCUGGUUAGGAUGCCUUUUGGACGCCUCCUGUUAGAGGUGUCCAGACAUGUCCCACUGGGAGGAGACCUCGUGGCCGGUCCAGGACCAGGUGGAAGUGGCCGGGGUGAGGGCCGUCUGGGCUUCCCUCCUGAAGCUGCUGCCCCCGCGACCCGGACCCGGAUGAAGCGGAAGAAAAUGACGACGAAACAAUUUUUGUGUUUUCUUGUUCCUGUCUGAACUUUUUUUAAGCUUGUUUCAGGUUUUGAAAUAUUUUUCCGCAGACAGUCAAAUUCUGAUGUUGUUUUUUCUCUAUUUUCAGUGAAAUCCAACAUCUGAGUGAUUUGCAAACCAUCAGAUUCAGUUUUGAUGAGCGUCACCCUAACUCUUAAUGGAUCUGGGGUUGUAGAUGAAGGUUCAUGACCUGCAGAGACUCACUCGUCUUCUGUCCUCUUUCUUUCAGCCUCUGAGAUGUCCACAGACGACAGUGAGCGUGAGGAUGAGGAGGGAGAGCAGAAUGACGAGGAUCGCCCAGGGUGCAGAAGCAGCCUCAGAAAGGCCCCUGCAGAGUCCCCGCAGACAUCAGAGCGCUGGGAGAGCGGGGCCCCUCCAGAGGGAUCCAAACCUCCUUCAGUCUCAGGAAAGAACCACGAGCCGGUCAGCGCAGAGAGCGCCGACGUCGGGAAGCGAAGGAGCCAACCAGAGCAAGAAGGGGAGGCGAGCAACAGGAAGAGGAAAUCAGACUCUGCAGCAGAGAGGCCCCCGAAAGGACAAUCCAAAGCUAAGACCAGGAACACCAGGAGCGCCGACUGGCUGCCUGGAGGGUCUCCGAGAAAGCUGGAAGGUGAGAGACCGCCUGGUCCUGGCGAGGAGAGCAGCAGCUCAGACGAUGAGGCGGCAGCUGUGGCCAAAUCCCAGGCGGGAGAAAAUGAGCGAAGUCGGCCGAAGACCAAAGGCUCCCCUUCAAAGAAGUACAACGGGAUGAAGGAGAAGACCAAAGCUGGCAGACAAGCGGGAUUCUGGGAGAUUCCUGAGAAAAGAGCGAAGAUGGCGGGGCCUACAGAGGAGAGGCCGGCGGUCCGCUCAAAGGGCCAGAAGGACGUGUGGUCCAGCAUUCAGGCCCAGUGGCCCAAGAAGACCCUCAAAGAGUUGUUCUCCGACUCGGACACGGAGGCCAACUCUCCUCCUCCUCCCGUCCCCUCGUGUCUGGAGGACCAGAGCGCCGAGCAGGACAUCGGCCCGGAGGACGAAGCCUCAGAGGAGCAGAUGGAGAACGACAAACUCCAGGAGUUCCCGAGCAGCGGCAGUAACUCCGUGCUCAACACGCCGCCGACGACACCGGAGUCCCCCUCAGCAGGAGGCAGCGCCGUGGAGGACUCCGGUCAACCACAACCCUCCUCUCCACCGCCAUCCCUCCCCGCCGCAAUGCCAUCAGAGCCGCUUUCUGAUGCUCUUCCUCCAGGGCCCCCGCAGGAGGAGGCGGCAGGCGGGCGCAGCGAGACUGACAGCAGCACAGUGGAGGUGGAGAGUCUGGGCGGGGAGCUGCCGGACCUCCCCCAAGACGAGGGGGCCGGUUCCCCCUCGAAGGUGUUUGACGUCAGCCUCUCCUGCAACAGCAGCAGCAGCUGCAGCCUCGAGCUGAGCAGCAGCAGCCAGCAGGAGAGCGAGCAGAAAUCCAAAGGUACAAAAACUCCUCCUACAGUUCAGUCUUUGAGUUUAUUUCUUAUUUUACAGUCGGUUUGUUCUUCACGUCGUCUCUACCUUUUCUUUUGUAGCGUCUGCGAGUCAGAAGCGGCAGAAAGAAGCUCAGGCAGGUGCAGCCUCGAAGAAACACAAGCCAACCCGCAAGAGCCUCGGUGUGCCUCCCAAAAAGAACAGGAAAACAGGUACGACGCAGAGACUCCCCGCCCGUCUUCGUCUCCACACAGCUGCACUCCUUUUAUCAGACACAGAAACCAGAUUCAAAGGAAAUGAGAUUUCUCUGCGUCAUUGUUCGUUUAUUUUCUCCGUCUCGGCUCUUUUCUCUCCUGCAGCCAACAGCAGCGACAGCGAGGAUCAGUCUGUUGAGGGCACGGCCAAACAAACGGCGCCCAAAAACAACACGCCAGACGUGAAGGCCGCCGUGUCGCCCAAGUGUCACGGCCGUUCUCCUCCCUCGAGCCAUAAGUACCACAAACAGAGCGACGCCGAGCACGCACAACACCGAGACAGCCAUGGAAGAUCUCCAAGAGUUUACAAGUGGAGCUUCCAGAUGUGUAAGUGUCAGAAGAUACACACCUGAGCAUCUAUUUACCUGACAUCUACGUCAUUAACACUCACCUGUGAUUCCUCUCAGCUGACCUGGAGAAGAUGAGCAGUCUGGAGAGGAUCUCGUUUCUUCAGGAGAAGCUGCAGGACAUCAGGAAUCACUACCUCUCCCUCAAAUCUGAGGUGGCCUCAAUCGACAGGCGGCGAAAACGCAUGAAGAAGAAAGAACGAGAAAGUGAGUCACAAGCUGUUACCGACACUUAGACCAGGACUAUGACACAAAUAGGACUUACCUCUGACUGGGGAUGUAACGAUAUGAAAAUUUCACAUCACGAUUAUUGUGACCAAUAUUAUCAUGGUUAUCAAUAUUAUCACGGUAUUGUUUAAAUAUGUUCAAAAUGUUAGAAUAACAGAGGAAUGAUAAGUUUUAAAAGUUAAAGAUGGGGCCUUAAAAGAGCCAGAGGUCAUCAACAUUAGUAAUAACAAAGUAAUGUGCCAGUGGAAUAAACAUGAACAUAAUAACAAAUAGAUAAAAUUUAAAUAAAAUGAUAUUCCUUAUUGUGCAAAUUGUAAGGAAAAAACCAUGACAAGAUAUAAAAAAUUAAAGGAAUUAAAACAAUGAUGAUAAUAAUAAUAAUAAUAAAAAAAUAUUAUAAAAUAAAACUUUUAAAUUCAAACAAUAAAAGAAAAUAAUCAAAUAGUGUUAAAAUGUCCCUACUUCUGACUCGUAACGUUCAGGUCUAAGCUGGUCUUGAGUUCACACCCAGCUGGUACGCUCGCCCCGGCGUCUCUAAACCGACUCUAACCCGCUCUGUCUCUGUCCCACAGGCACCGUGGCUGCUUCCUCCUCCUCCUCCUCUUCCUCCUCCCCAUCCUCCAGCUCGCUGACGGCGGCCGUCAUGCUGACGCUGGCCGACCCCCCGGUGUCCUCCUCGUCCUCCUCGUCUCAGAACUCUGGGGUUUCUGUGGAGUGCAGGUGACAGGACGCAGCCGCCGCAAACACACCGCACUAAGCACUUAACCAGCACCCCGGGGUUCCCCGCCCCCCUCUUCCCCUCCGACAGGACAGGACAGGAUGGACGGACGAGUCCACCUUCAGACUGAAACUACUGGGGCACAAAAACCAGACCAGAGACAAAAAACAAGAAACAAGCACUAUUUUCUAUCGACAACUGUUUCCUUGGCAAGCUAACGGCACUUAAGUGCACUUUUAUGAAGAUUGUAGGAGGAUGACAUUUGUUUCGAAAAAGAUGACUAAAUCUGUGUUUGGCGCUCUUCUAAUUGAACAUUUGUAAGAAUUGUUUUUUUGCUAGCAAUAACUGUCUCAUUUGAUAACGUAGUUCUGCUGAGGGGAUGAUUCCAGUCUGUGCGCUCCGAAAAAGUGCAGCCGGAGCUCGUCGUGUACUCGUGAGGCGUCGGAGGGACUCUGCCACGUUUUGGCAUCACUGACAAAUGAAAUGUCAUUCAAAGUCGAGCUGUUCUGAUGCCGAUAAAGAAAACGAGAGGCUUUAUGAUGCAGGGGAGACACGGUGAAAACACCUUUAUGCAGCUGAAGUCGGUUGUUCUUCUGCUUCCUUGAAACGGUGCUCUCCGCAGCAAAUCUCUCUCUACUGCCACCGCUGAGGUACUGUGGCUGCCACUGGGAACUACCGUUUUAAAAGCAGCAAAGAAGAACUGAUCUUAGUAAACACUAACAGCACAGUCACGGCAAAGAUGAAACUUUUUAACAUGUUUCUCUACUUGUAUUUAGGGAGGCAUUAGAUAUUAGCUCUGCUGUUUUUAAGUCCAGAUUUCUUUACUUUCAUCGUCUUUAAUGAUUUUUAAUCAGAGCUGGAUUAUCCACAGAGGACUUCUCUACUCCAGAUGAACUAAAUCAGUGAUUAACAAACCGUACAGGUGCUGAAUAAGGCAGACGUGUGUUUGACUCUUUAAGGAGACAGAUGUUUCCAAACAGAGCUCUCCUCGUCGAAUUAUUUAUUCUCUGUUUCUGUCUUUUCUGACAGAUUCCAAACUAGAUAAAUAAAUAAUAAGUUAAUGUAUAUAUCUUUUAAAAAAACAGAAUUUGAGAGAAGCAGGAUGCUGCAAAGAUUUUAAAGAAGAAAAAUUUUAAACAGUUGUUCUCUUAAACAUGAUGACUAAAUGAAAUACCAUAGAUAAUGUAUUAAAAUGAUUCUGAUUUAUCCAGAUUUAAAGGUUUUCACCUUUAAAUCUGGAUCAAAGUUAAAUCUGGAUUAAGCAUUAGACAGGGGCAUGACCAGACUGUUGGACUGGGGGGCCCCAGCCAGUGCACCGAGCUGGUCUGGGGUGUCCAAACAAAUUAAGAGCAUUUACCUUUUUGUCUUUUGUCUUUACUGCUGUCGUCACCCCGGGUCCUCCCUCUGGACACCCCGCCUUUGAGAUUUGGCGACCCAUUUUAAUGUGACACUGAUUGCAGCACCCUUUAUCCACAGGGGGGCGCCAAACAACACAAACUCAAUGAUUCUGGUGUUUCGAUGUAGGUAAACCUUUAAUAUUCGGCUGUGGUGCUCUUAGAAGAAGAAGAACAACAAAAACCAGAUGUUGUUUUGUUUUUGUUUGACCAUUUUCAAAAGUUCUCUAAUGUUGCGCUCCUGUAAUUGUAAUUCCUGUAAUCUGGUCUGAAUCCAGCCCUCUGUUUGGAUCAAGAUCAUCCAGAUUAAGGACCAAAGUUUCGCCAGUUCUGCUCCAAAGUUAGAGCAACACAAACUGAAAGAUUGGAUUAUCAUAUCUGAUCUGGUUUCAUGACUAUUUCUAUGUUUUAUCAACUCCUUUUUUAAGACAUGAAAGAUAAGAGUUUUACCCGAGCAGGUGAGACAGCAGUAAUUUGUAAACUCUUCCUGGCUGUUUAAAAAGUUCAGGUAUCAAAACAAAAGUAUCGGCGUCAGAACACCUCUGCUGAAGAAACGCCGUCAUGUGAUCUCACCUCAUGUGGCCGACGAUGCUCCUCACAGGUGUGUGGUCCUGCACAUGUGGAGUCAAACAGGUGUUGAUGGGCGGGGUUCAGCUCCACUGACGGAGGAACCUGGAAUGAUACUGUAGUGCCUUUUUGUUCCCACGGGGCACUUUGAGGACGGACAGCACUUUUUACUCCUUGACCCUCUCCUCCAAUCAGAAACCGGAGGGUCGGCUGGUUGAACGUCUCCUCAGAAAGAAGAGAGUGGAGGACGCUGGAUGAGUGAGCAGGAAGAGUGAUGGUUUUUAUCUUGAAACUGGAUCACCUGAAAUCUAAACUACUGAAGCUCCUGCAGCUCGGCUGGAACUGUGUGACAGUUGAAAAAUGUGCAAUGAUGGAGGUCAUCGCUUCAGUUCAUCAGCCUUUCAAACCAUCUGCUUCAUUCGAUUAAGUUUGAGCUCAUCCUUACAUCCGCAACCGGAUCAAUUAAAGGGAUAGUGGGUGUUUUUUUGAGGUGGGGUUGUAUGAGGUUCUCUGAAUAGUUAAAAUGUUUUAGGAAGAAACUGAGCGGAGUAUGGGUCAGAUGUAACCAGGGGUCGACACAGUUUAUUAAUCGAUUCGCAUUUACAGAAAGAAAUGAGAAAUUUUCAAUUUGGACCAUUACAAACUCAAAAAAGUCUUUGUUAAAGCGCCUUUACACUUUACAGAGCUGUUACACUUACAGUGCAGUUACGUCACACGGUCAUGUGAUGUCUAGCCAAUCAGAAAGUGUUGUUGCCGGGACAUUAGGAGAAGAUAGUGCCAGAAAACAGACCCGGAAGGAAGACACACCUGUAAUUUAGCCAAAAUAGCACUUUUUUAAAUUGCCACCUGUAAAUGAAAAAGCCGACACAUAAAAUGGACCCAAUGUCAAAUAUCGGCCUCAAUAAUCAGUCUAACUCCAGUUCUGAUGCAUUUUUUAGACGUCUGAUUGUAUUUUAAAGUAGUUUUCUUAAGGUAUCAGGUAACGGUGUCAGCAGCAGAGACGCUUGGACAGUUUUUUUAUUUCUCCCUCUGUGGAGAUGGUUUAAAACUGCUCUCUCAACCUUUUUUAUAUCACACCGUCUGAAAAUCACCUCGUCGGCAGGAUUCAGGAGCUUCGGAGGCCCCCGAAGUCUCAUAAUCUGAUCCUUUUUAACUUGUGCGCACAUUUACAGGCGGAUAAGGUGAUUCAUUAUCCUUUAGUUAUUAAAUUUCAUUGCUUAAUAACCAGUGAUUAGUUUUUUGAUUGUGUGAACACAGAUUAUCAUGUGUUGCACUGGGACUGGUAACUAACGUCCAACAGAAGCGCCCUCUGCUGGACAGAGUAGAAGGGUGCGCCCCAUGUUGUGUUAACAUGUAAUUAUCACCACUUUUAGAAGUCGAACAGCUUGUGUUUCUUGGUGAAAGUGCUGAAUUUAAUAUCACUUUGCUUUAGAGCAUCUCUGCUCACCUGCUCGAUCAUGGCUGAAACACGAGCCUCUGCAGUGUUUUCUUAUUCAUAAUUUUCUCUGGGAUUGAACAAAGGAAGCUGAGAAGGGCCUAGAAUACUCCUGCUGUCAUGAGUAGAAACAGCCUGUAGGAGCCAAAACUGAAUGUUUUUGUGUCUUGUGUGCACAAGUUAAUAACUUGUUUGUUGUUCCGUCUAAAACUCCCAGACCCAAACAGAUAAUCUGAUACUGUAUCCUGGAUGCAGACUUUGUUCUGGACUACAGGGUUGAAAUGAAUUUAGCGUCGAAUACCCACAAAUACAGCAAACAAACUGAGACAUCUCACAUGUCAGACUCUCUCUGCAGCUGAAGUUUCUGCAGCUGAGACUCUGACCGGCUUCAUCAAACAGGAGCUGCGCUGUGGUAACACUCCUGCUGUCAGUAAGAACCUCAAACAACCCACUUCAACAUAAAAAAGGACUGUCCCUCUCACAGAUUCAGCCAUGAGAAGACAUAUAUCCAGCGUAGAAGAAGCUGGAUCCAACAUUUGCAGUGAUUCCAACAACACAAACUCAUUCGAUCAAGUUUAUUUCUGCUUUCUUAAACAAAGAAACUCAUCCUUUUGAAUUGUACUCACGCCAGUCUCCUCUCAUACUCAUCCCUACCAAAAAAUAAAAAGUGAGUUUCUGUUUCUUCUCUCCGACCAGAUUAAAGGUAAAGAUAUUGUAAAUGUGCAUUUAUAUCAUAAAGUGACGUAUGUGUGUACAUUUCUGAAGACAUCUCCGGUGUUUCCUUUGUAUAGACCCCUGACUGUACGAUAACCUGAAGUUACAUUUGGUUUGGCACUUGUAUGUAAUUGUAUGCUUUUGUUAUACAUUUGUAUAUUGAGAAGUGUUUUGAGUCAAGCUAUUUAAUAUCUUGCACUGUUAAUAACAUGUACUUUUCUGUACAGACAGUUUUACGGUUUUAACUGUAGUUUGAGUGUAAAUACUGAGGGUUACAGCAUGUUUGUUCUCCCCUUUUUGUUCUCCUCUAGGAACAGAUUGAUUUGACCUUAUUUCUUUUGUUUUUGUUCAUACGUUUCAGUAGUUUUUUUUCCUCCUCCCUUUUGUAUUUUACGUUUUGCUUUCGUUUGUUUUCUAGAGCUUGUGCUUGUAAGAGAAGUAUGGAGGUUUGGAUGCUGGUCUGACGCUGUAUGAAAACGUUUAUUGAGAACGUUCUGGGUCACAGAUUAAGAGAAAGUAAAAGGAGCUUAUUGAAAAAUGCUCGAUAGUAUUUAUUAGGCUCAUCUGAUGAUGGUCGAUGUGUAAUUUAUUGUAAAAAUGUAAGCAAAGCAGAAAAGCCUCUGUUUGAAAUAAAUGCCAUAGUUUGUGAAGUAC